AGGCCCCUUGCCGCCUGCCGGCCCCCCACGGACCGUGGGGAUGGUGCUGGUGGGACAGGCGCGGAGGGAGCCUUUGGAAGCGAGGCGGCGGCGGCGGCGCUGCUUGUGAGGGGCGCCUGAGAGACUUCGUUGAGGAGGCGGAGGCCGCCCGUCCUCAGGUUUGGCUUAAGUUGUGGGUUUUUUUGGGGGUGGGGAGCCUCCCUUCUUCCCUCUUCGGGGGAAGUCGAGAGACUUUUAGACGGAGAGGGGGAAGUCAUGCCUCUUCCCUCCCUCUUCCCUCAAACUUUCGCCUUCUCUCUGCUCUUCCCUUGGCCCAGCAGGGAAGCUGCGGGAACUCCCAAGCUUUUUAUAUAUAAAAAAAUUCCCUCGCUGCUGCUGCUGGAUGAACUUUCCUCUCUUUCUCUCUGCCUCAGAAUCACUGUCUGGUCUAUCCGUGGCGGGGCAUCAGGUGGGCACCUCAGAAGUUAAUGGCUGGGCGCCCACAGCCGCGCCUCUGAGCGCGCAAAGAGUGCCUUCGCCUCUGGUCGUCAGAACAAGCAGCUCUGCCCCACAUCUGGGGGGAGUGGGGAGAGCUGGGGCAGUCAAGUUCUAGCCUCCCAUUCCAGACUGCUGAUGGGGAGCUGGAUGCCUGGGAUAAAUCGGGCUGCCUGCAUGCCCAGCUGCUUCAAAAGUCCCUGCAAUCCUGCCAGAUGUGCAUUAAAGGAUGCUGGAGGUCAAGGUGGGAAACACAGUCAGAGGUUCAGGGGCUCUGGUCUGCCCCAAAGGGCGCACAGUCUGCCUCCUGUGAUACCCCCCCACAUUAUGGGAGCGUGAGGACUACUUGUGGUUAGGGGCAUAGGAGCCAUCUCCUAGGGGCUAAGGUCUUUUUGCACCCACCUAAAAUAUUUUAAGGGUUCCCCCGCCAGUGGAUGGGCAUUGCCUUUCAAAUGGUGUGUGUGUUGUGCAUCAUGUGAUUGAAUAUGCAGGGUGGGUCUUACCUGGCCCCUCAAUAUUUUAUUCAAGUUGGCAUCCCUGGCCAGGGGAAAGGCACUCUGUACGUGCUCGGUGGUCUGUUUAUUUAAUUGUUUGUAUAUCCCAGAACCAAGUCCUGAUGGAUAAAACAGGUUGCUUCCUGGCCCUGAUUUGUGUCCUGUUAAGUAUACUGUUUUGCGGGCUUCAUAGCUUUGAACCUUGUUUUUUCCACGGUCGCCUGAUUUCUGAUUUUAACUUUUUUUAUAUGGUUUUAUGUACAAUUGUUGCGAAUGGCUCUGAUUUUCUCUUUAAUGAAUAGCAGUAUGUAAAUAUUUUUAGGACUAAAUCUCCUGUGCGGGAAGAGAGCAGAGACUAAAGUAGCACAGAAAGCCCUUAACAUCACCAUCUGCAGUGUACAGAGUCUUCACCCUGAAAACCCACCCCCGAGAUUCUUCUGCUCCUCAUGCUGGCUAAACUCCCAGAACUCUGAACUGUACUUGAGCUGGGAACAUGGUCAAUGAUCUCUUGCUUUAUGAUAAGGGGAAAGCUGCAAUUGCAGGGAAAUUUAAAGGAGGCCAGUUCAAGGAAUGAUAUGGCAUACCCUUUUCAUUGAGUCUCUGUUGGGUAGUAUAUAAAAGUUUAUAAAACAUCACAGACUGCUUUACCAAAACCCAGAUUUUUUUUGGGAGGGGGAAUCUCUCAAGAUCACAGGAUCGAUCAGGGAUGCCCCCGACCGACCGAUAGAUCACGAUCAAGUCUAGUAUAUGAAAACAAAACAGUGCAUUUAAGUGCCUGCAGUAGAAGUAGGUAAUCACCACUUCUUUAUCUUUCCAUUAUACAUUUCCAUGUAUAUGACAAAGUACUCAAGAGUCAGCAAUAAGAAAAGUGUUAGCUAAUGGUAUCUUAAGUUUCUGCAUGGACAAAUCCUUGCCAUGAACUUCAAUGCCACAGUGUUACACCACUGAGCAAUCAUCUACAUUUCAUAUCCCUACCUUAUGGUUUCAGCUAGCUUGCAGGGAGCAAAUUAAAACUUCUACUUCCAGUUUUCUGUGUGGAAUGCUAGAAAUGCAACACUUCAUUUUAAAGAGGUGUGUUUUAAAUCACAUUUUAAUAUCCCCUCAUGUUAAAAAGGAUGUGUCUCUUGCUAAAUGGGGGGAAAUGACCUACUAUAAUGAAAAGUUCUUCUAGUUUCUGUUUGUUUACAUUGUGUGUUGGGAGAGUAUUUUGGGAAAAACCCUGACCUCACUGAAGUAAUUGGAUGCUUUUCCUGCAAUUUAAAUAGGAACAAAUUGUCACUCCCUUCUGGCUAUAAACUUUCAUUUAUAGAGUUACUGACAGUUCCAUUCCUGUUUCAGGUUGGUGGAUCUUCAAGUCUGGAUCUGCUUCCUUUCCAUUCUGAUGCCUUAUAUGAUCAGUUAAUGCAUGUUUUUGCAAAAUAUUAGCCCACUGCAUAAUGCCACAUGGUUUAAUGUAAAAUAUGAAAAUGAAUUCCUGUAUCAAUAUCAUGACAACUAAACCAUCCCAAUAUAUUCAAGCAGAAAUAAAAUAUUUAAUUCUUAUAUAUAUAUCCUUGCAGUAUAUAUAAAGAACUUAGCUGAAACAGAUUUGUCAGAAUUAUUGUAUCAUGCCGUAACUUGUAACUUAAUGUUUAAGGAACUUAAACAUAGAAUCCUGUACAAGGGAGUAAGCCCUACAUAAAGUAAUAAGACUUACCUCUGAGUAAGCAUGCAUAGGACUACACUGUUGGUUUAUAAAAACUAUUUAAAAAAGAAAAGGAGGGAAAAUGUGUGUAGGUUCACAAUGCUGAAUCAGAACACUUAGCCCAGCCAAAGUGAUGAACUCAUUUAUUUUCCCUUGAGGAAUUGAACAAGAGACGGGAAGUCAUUGACUCAUAAAUAAGAUCAUUCAGUGCAAUUGUAAACAGCAUAUAUUGUGCCAGCAAAUAUUUCCAUAAUCCUUUGCUUUUUGGAAAAUGCAAAGCAAAUAAUUUGCUGGAAUUAUAACUAACAAAACCCUCACAAUAAUAGGGUCAAUUUCAAGCUUUAUAUGAGUGAUAUCAUAUUUGUAUCUCAGUUAAAUGCUUGAACACUGAAAAAUUCUACCCUGUUUGACAUUUUCAUAUAUUCACUGGGACAUCUGCAGAAAGUUUAUUCCAGGCAUAGGCAACUCAAUCAUCUAGAUGUUUUGGGACUACAACUCCCAUCAUCCCUAGCUAACAUAACCAGUGGUCAGGGAUGAUGGGAGUUGUAGUCCAAAAUAUCUGGGGGGGCCAAGUUUGCUUAUGCCUCCUUUAUUCCCACAAGCUUCAAUUUCCACCUAUGUAGAAGCUCUGAAAAGCCAAAAACAUUCUUGAUACUAUUUGUUGGUAAGUGGUACCAAUUGUUUUUGGUAAUUAUCCUUGGGAUCUUUAGAACUCAAUUUUAAAAAGAAAACAAUACAAAUGAAAUUAACACAAACAAAAACUCAGAAGGGAAAGUUAAAAGAGGAAAGAGGAGAUGAUCCAUCCAAAUUGUAUUGGCUAAAGUUGAACUGAAGUACUCUUACAGCAGAAGUGUUGUUAGGAGGGGACCCAAAUCCCAGGUUCUUUGUACUGGGCCUCAAACCUCCUGCAUCCCCAUUUGUUUUUAAAAAAUAAUUAAUAUUUUACUUUGGUUGCAAGCAGGGGUGCCAACUUGAAAAUAUGGGGGGAGGGGUGUCAGGUAAGCAGCUCUGCCCCACAGAAUCAAUCACAUGAUGCAGCACGUACACCAUUUGAAUGCCAAUGCCCAUCAAUUUUGUGGGGCCCUGCCCCCCUCAAAUAUUUUAUGGGGGGCUGAAGGGACCUCAGCCCCUAGGAGUUGACAUCUAUGCUUGCAAGAUUUCUGGGUGUGCUGUAAAGUGCAAUUCAAGUAAGACCCACAACCAUCUUAAUUUGAUUGAAGACUUAAACUUUCAUCUGUACGUAUGAAUUACUGUACAGUCCUGUUUCAGAAGGUUUUUAAAUGUUUAAUGUUUUAUUAUGUUUUUAUAUGUGCUGGAAGCCGCCCAGAGUGGCUGGGGCAACCCAGCCAGAUGAGCAGGAUAGAAAUAAUAAAAUUAUUGUUAUUAUGACCAGCAUAUGCAAAUAUGUGUCAAGGGUCUGUUGUGUUAUUUAGUUCCUAGCAGUGCCCCUGGUUACAGCCAUGUGAAAGGUGGAAAGUAGAGCUUAUGUUCCAAACUUUUGCUAGGCCUGAUGCAGUACAGUGGUACCUCUACUUACGUUCACCUCCCGUUACGUAUCCUGCGGGAUAUGUGCGCGGCAAACCCGGAAGUAUUUUUCCAGGUUUCGCCACGUGCACAUGUGCAGUAUGCGCUCUAUGCAUUGCGCACAUGCGCAGAAGCGGCAUCUCGGGAUACGCACGGCUCAGGAUCCGACUGGAGCUCCGGAAUGGAUCCUGUGCCCAACCGGAGGUACCACUGUAAUGGAAUUUUAUUUUUAUCUACCUGAACAGAAAAGAGCACUGACUAGUUGUUUUACAGUGCAAGGCGUGUUUAUCUCCUUAGAAGUAAGACUAGCUAACUAACUUUUUUUUUUACUAAAGAGCCAAAAUGCUUAAAAUUGAUAAAUAACUGACAAGUUCUAAAUAAUCUAGGAGUUAACCCUAUAACAGCUUUUGUUGGAAAAUAUUGAAAACUGUUGUACAUGUAAAUAAUGUGGUAGAUAAUUAAACAUUCUUUCAGCCAAUAGUUGUUUAUCUUGAUUGUCUUUUUCUCGUUGGUUUCAUGAUAGAAACAAGUGAUAUCUGGCAAGCGUGAUCCCUCAAUACCUUUAAAAGAGCCAUAAAGCUCUAUUUUUCACCUUGGCUUUCAGUGGCUCACCAAGAAAAUUGUCAUUUACAUUGAUAUUUACUGGAGUGUGUUAAUGCAGUUUGUAAACUGUUUUAUGAGAUUUUUUCUUUUGCUAAAAAGUGGUAAACAUCCAUUAAAUAGGAGUGUGUUUGUAGUUUGGGGGGUUCAUUUGCUUUCAGAGGAGACACAGGUACCGCAGCACAGAGUGCCUCCCAUCAGCAUAGGCUGUUGGCUCAGCUACAACUCUAUUUGGAUAGUGAUAACUUGUCAAAGCUUUUCUAUGGCUGUUAUGGAGGUUUGUUUUGUGAAUUUUGUAAUUUCAUGCGUUUUUGUGUGAAUGUAUUGAUAUUGUAAUGCAUUUAUGCUCAUUUUUUAAAUAUGCUGUAAGUUGCUUGGAGAGCUUUGUGUAACUAGUCUAAUAAGUAAUAAUAGAAACAUUAAUUAGUUAAACUGGAUCUUUUAAAGUUGCAGUUUGGAUAUGAAAUGUCCAGAGUAAUAAAUGGGUGAUAUUUCCUAAUCCAUCUCUUGUCAGUGGAGCUUAUCAGUUUGCAAAAUGGUUUUAUGGGAAAGAUUUGUACCUAGCCCCAACUCAAUAAGUUGAGAUCAAACACUGGAACAUUAUAUGUGUAUGAUCUCUCUUUGGAUAUUACUGAAGUUGUUAAAUUAAAAUUGUAGUCCUAAACACACUGUAUUUUUAUGUUGUGAACCACCCUGAGAUCUACAGAUGAAGCGGGGUAUACAAAAUUAAUUAAUAAUAAUAAUAAUAAUAAUAAUAUUGGAGGGCAAACAUUGAACUUGGUAGAACUUACCACAGAGUAAACAUGUUUACUAUGCUGCUGUUUAUGAUAUAUAGGAACACCUUCUGUAUGUAUAUAAGAAUGAAGAAACAAUUAUAUGGAAUAUUAAAUAGCUUGUUUUCCCCUUUCACAGCAUAAAUAUGGCUGAGUUGCUAGAGUUUGAGGGAACUAUAAACUGGAAAGAAAGAUGCAUAGCUCUAGAAUCCCAGCUGAUGAAAUUUCGUCUCCAAGCAAGCAAAAUUAGAGAGCUGUUAGCAGACAAGGUAGGUCUUAAACCAUCUUAAUAUAAUAAAAGUUAUUGUUUUUAAAGAACCUAUAAUUAAAUCAUGAUCCAAAUAACUUAAUAGAUGUUUAUUGUGUGAUCAGGUUUAUCUGGCUGUGGUAAUCAUUAGACUUUUAUUCAAGUGUCCUCUUAUUUAUAUAUUUAUUCCUAAAGAAAAUAUAUGUGUUUUUUAAAGAAGAAAUACUGUUCUAUAUAGGAAGCAGGAUUAUGGUGGUGUAUAGUCUCAAUCAAACUAAGAAGAUUCAGGUGCGAAAUUAGAAUCCUACAUGCAUUUCAGUUGCUGAAUGAGGAACUGGUACACUUUCCAAUGAUCAUUAGCAUGUGUAGGUAUCUGAAUGUGAAUGCUGUCUUUCCACAAAACAUUUCUUUUAAGAAUAUGUUCAUUUGAACACACAAUCAUAUUCUGACACGGCUCAUCAUGCUUACAUUUUUCGUACAAGUAGAGCUGCAUCUGACAGUAGACAGUUGAGCAUUUUUUCUUGUCAUGGACAAUAACAGUUCAUUGUAAGUGUGUGUGUGUGUGUGUGUGUGUGUGUGUGUUCUGAAGCUAAAAUAAGUUUGCAAACCUUUAACUAUUAAGGAUAUUUGAUUUGUAUAGUAUUUCCUGUUUCACAGAUAGGUUUUUAUAUAGCCAUUUGGACUGCAAGGGUGGUCUGCUGCUGUUCCCGUUGGCAGGGAAUAUAGGGGAGAACAGUGAGCAAUGCAAAAUCAGCAAAGUGCUGAAAAUGUAAUUAAUUUCACAUAAAGAACUGAAAUAAUAUUUGAAAUAAGAAAGGCCUCUUUAUACCAGGGGUGCAGAGAAAUCUCAUGAGUGCCUUCCAUUUCUCAUACAGACUAAACAUGUUUGUUUAAGAAAGCUAUAGGGAGAAUAUUUCCCAUCCUUUUUUGCUGGCAGACCACAAUAUGAUGCAAACAGACAAAGACUUGUGUCUCCAAGGUGUAAAGGAUGUGCCUGAAUGAAUCUCCUGACCUAUCAAGCAAGCUGCAGUAUCUAUUUUAGAAUAAUGUCUGAAGGCAAAACUUAUCACUGAGAGAAAUUUAAUACAGGGAUGCCUAACCUGUGGCCCCCUCCCAGCUACAACCUGCGUGCAGUGGUUAGGGAUAUUGGGAGUUGUAGUCCAGCAAUAUCUAGAAGGUUGCAGGUUAGCCACCCGUGAUUUAAUGUCUUGUCAGCACAAGCACAGAUGAGAAAUAGUUGGUAAGAAUUUCCUCAAAAACUACAACUAUUAAACAUGAGACAAAUGUGGUAUCUAUACAAUGUUGCCUUUUAAAAUUAUCCUUAAAGAAUUUCUCACUCGGCAGGUUCAGUCUUUUGUUUCUUUCUGAAGUCAGCACACAUUGGAUGAUUAACAGCAUGACCUUGCAGCAUUUAUGGGAGAGAAUGUGGGAGCAGGAAGCAGACAAGGGAGUACAGACCUUCAGUAGUGGAAACUGGAUUUUUUUUGUUCCAUUAUGCCUAGUCAGGGUGUGCUUUAUAAAAAGUUAUAUGCAAAGAAAGAGAAUUUGUUGAAGAUCUAAGCAGAAGUUGCUGUUGCUGCAAGUGGGAGAAGUCUUCAUAGGAAUUCAAAGAAUGGUGUAGAAACUACCUCUACUGUAACAUACUUAUGCUGUCCGUAGAGCUCAAGUGGAAUUUAUUUUAUUACUGUUGAGUUUUCUGAAUCUGCAAAGUAUUGCAAAAUAAAUAAAGGGAAAACACCCUUCUCAGGGAAAUGUCAGGAGUGUUUUUCUGUAAGCUGAGUGCAGUUGGCAUUUUACAAUGGAAAAUACAUUUCCUUUCCCUUUUCUACAACACAUGUUUUUGCCCCAAGGUCACCUAAUACGCAAAGUACCAAAGUGACAGUGUUGUCACUUAUUUCCUCUAUCAGGAGCUAGGGCAUAUAUGACCUUGGUGAAAUCUGACCCAGCUCAUUCACUAUAGACUGUUAAUCAAGUGCUAAGGGAUCAAGGAAAACUAAGGGUUGGGGCAUGAUGAGGUUAAAUACUACUAUAGGAUUAGGCCAGACUGUAGUCCAGUGGAACAGGCAAUGUGCCAAAUUCCUUUUUGGAGUUCAACUCCAGAGAGGCCACCCAAGAGAGAACACAGAAAAGAAAUGAAGGAGGUGGGUGCAAUGUGUGAAACUAAGAACAGGUUACAGAGUAUUUUUAAAUCAGUCUCUGGAACUUCAGUGUAUAUGCAUUUCACACAUAACCCUUAAACACACUCAUGAAAGAAUGGGAAGCUAUUCUAUGGGUUGCCAACAUGCAGCCUUGGGAAUGUGUCUAAGGGUGGAUCUAGGAAUUUACACUCACUCCACGUUCUCAAUUUGAAUGUCAAAACACAAGAGUAAUUAAAGUGGGGUGCAGAAGGGAAGUUCAGUUGUACACUAAACAAUUUGGUACAGUAUGUAAAACAUAAAUCCUGAUCCUAACCUUGUUUUAUUUUCCAAGCAUGAGGUUUGCCUAAUUCGUUGAUACUGCACACUGGCAUUUUCAUUGAACUCUCCAUCAUGACCCGAAUAUGUUUCCUGAAUAGGAAUAUGAAUUUUAUAUAUGUCACUGCCAAUUCAGUCUUUUUGAGAAAUGAGGAUUUAUUUAUUUUUUUAAAAAGAUCUGUUUUCAUCAGGUUAAACUCACUUACAUUUGCCCCAGGGGAAAGAUCCUUUCUGCCUCUUAGUCUUACACACAUAUAGUUUUCUUGCAUACAUCCAUAUCUGCUGAAUCACCAUUCCCCUUAUCCCCUUUUUGGAGUUCAAAGAAGAAUGGUAAGGCAGUUUCUAUUAAACAACUCAAAGUUAAUAUUUCAUUGCAUAAACAGGGUCAUGCCAUUGUUGCUGACACUUCUGAAUCCAUAGUUCUUGGAUGUUGAAGUACUGGCCCAAAAGUCCUGAGGAAACUGGACCAUUCCGUGGGAUCAGUUUCCCCUUGUAAGCAAUGGAUUGAGCAAUGAAUUGAGCUUCACCACAUGCUGGUUUAAAUCUGUUCUUUCAGGUUUACUCUUAAAAGCUUAUUUUGGACUUUCCAAAGUGGGAUAAAAAUACUGUUAUAUAAAAUCAGUCAAAUUUUGUUUCCUUGAGUUCAAGUACUCAACUUUUGAGAUUAUCAGCAAUAUAUUUAAAUAUACAGUACCCAAAAAAGAAAAACAGUUAAUUAAAUUAUUUGAUGGUGGUUCUUGGAAGAAUCUGGGGGAAGGGGUACAUUUUGUUUGACAUAAUAAGUAAAAAAAUCUGCAAUAUCUUCCUGAUUCCCCCAGACCAAGAGCUGAAGACUCCUCUUUCCAUUUCCUACCAAUCGGAAAAGAAAAAGUAUCUUCAUAGCACAAUAGUACAGAGGAAAGCAGGGAAUGUCCUCAUAGAACAUUUAUUUGGACUCUUUUCCUACUAGAAAUGAGAAUUGGGGACAAAAGUUUGCACCUGCUGUCCUUCCCCAUGCACACCUCUGCAGUUUAGUACUGCAUAGGUAUACUGGGAAGAUGGUAACUGUAGCAAUGUUUUCAAUUUUAAGCAGGAAACAUCAGCAGAAAGGGUUAAAUCUUUUGAAACCCUCUGCAGCCUGCCCCAUGUGUGGUGCUAGUACACACUAAAAUUGUGUGACAACAGACCUGUUCUAAGCUGGAGCAAUAGUUUCUGUUUGUAUAAUCUCAGAACAAGGUGAUUUUGUAAUCUGGUUGUAUCAGCAAUGAAUUGUGUAGAUAGACUUUUUUCUUCUGGGGUUCUUGUAAGUGCUAGGAUGGUUAAAAGAGAAGACAGCUGGGAAGAAGUACAUAUGUACUCUAAAGCUGUUCUGGGAAUGGCCUUUAGAAACAAUUAUUUUGAGGACUAUAGUCAGAGAUAAAGAUAAUUUUCACACGUGAUAUUUAAAUCGGCUUUGUUUUAAAUCCGCUUAUAAUGUGAACGUACACUGGUUGGGCAGUGUAUUUUCUGGGGUUUUUUUCUGAAUUCCUUUCUGUAUUAACAGUAUUUGUUAUCUAACUGUUUAAUUGUUUUAGAUCUUUGCUAGUUUAUGAGACAAUAUUUGUAAGCCAGCUCCAGCUCACUGGAAGCAGCAUGCAUUAUCAACAUACAGCUUGUGGACUUGUAUAUGCCAAAAAAAAGCAAGGGAAAACAUAUUUAAAUAAAUAAGCAGAACAGGCAAGCCCCUGCCUUCAAGAAACCUAUGGUCUAAAUAAUGGACAUGAGUACUAUUAUAAAGAGACUGUCUCAACUUUCCUCCCACCUUUAAAAGAACUCUUCAUAAUUUCUUUUCCAACUUCUCUUACCUAGCAUUUCUAUGACCUUUCCCCCCAUGGGACAGCAUGGCAUUUGGGAAGAGUGUCUUUGGUAUGAAGUAUGACAGAAGUGCCAUUUAUGCAUGUUUAAAAAUAUAUAUUUAGCUCCUUUUGUGGUUUUAGUAUGUGUUCAAUAACAGUUGUUUACUGAAGGAUGGUUGUAAAAACAGGAAAUGGUGAGGGGGCAAUUUGGCAUUUCUAUCCGUAUACCUUAUAAAAACAAAACAAAACUCAGAACUGGUAAAGGAAAAGUGUUUGGUAAGUGGAGAAGAGAGCGAAGGAGGCUGGAAAUAUUUGUAAUAUAUUAUUGCUAGCUAUAGGAGAGUCUUAUGACUAAAUUUGGAGAAAAAUGUUUCCUUAAUAAUUAGCUUGAAGAGUUGAACUUUGGCAUGUUUGCCUCUGCUUUUUGGCAAUCCAUUUUGCAUCGUUAAUGCACAUUGUUCAGAAACUUAAAUAACUUUGAGACUUACGUUGUGUUAGCCAUUUCAGUAUAAAACCUCUGCUUGCACAACAAUAGCUGAAGCAGCAUCCUGUGCCUGGCAAGUGGAGCAAAGCAGCUGAAUAAUUCUACCUCAUUUGACUAUUUAAAGACUUGAGAUAGCCUGAUAACUUUUAUAACUUGAUACAAGAGGCCAUGGGGCCUUCAUUCACCUUAGAUUCCCUGCAAAGUUCCUUGCAUGGUUUAGCAUGGGCUUCUAUACAUAGCCAUUAAUCUGGUUGCUUGUAAAGAGAAUUUCCUUUGAGUAACCAGGCAGAGAAGUUUUAUAAAAACGGAGUUUUGUAAAAUCAUAAUAAUAAAAAAUCAUAAAAUCGUAGAGUUGAAAGGGACCCAAAGGUCAUCUAGUCCAACCCACUGCUCGAACCAGCAACCAUCUAGUUAACAUCCAUGGGCACUGACCCAUUUGGGAACAGUAGGAACACUGAAGAAGCCAUCUACAUAUUAAUGAAAAGAUGCUAAUUAAUAAGAAUGACUAAGGGCCAAAAUGAUUGAUGUCAUUAUAGUUUAUUGCUAUAUUUGUAUAAUGCAGUAAAUGUUAAAUAUUUGUUUAAUUUAAUAAUAUUGGGGUAAGGAGGAGGCUAUUGUGUGAUAAGGCUCCUACCUUUAUCACUCACUAGAAGCAUGACAGGAACAAAUAAUAUCACAUUUUCAUUAAUGCAGAUGAAGUGUUUAAAAAUAUUACCAUUUGGUAAUAUUUACUGGCAUAAACUAUAUUAAGGAAUAAUUCAAAUACACAGUAGUGGGGCAUAUUUGUUGUUUUAGGAACUAGAUGGCCUGCAGAAUUUUUGUUGAUGCAGCUAAUGACAGAAGGAGAAAUAGCAUCUCUUGACUUUCAGGACUGCAGAGUUUUAAGCCCAGCUGUUAGAAAGCACAAAUUCUUUUAAAGUAAACUUGAUCUGAAAAUUAUUCUUACAGAAUAAACAUGGAACCCUGUAGUGACGUGUUUGUAGAAUCAAUUUUGGAGUGCAAUGUUAUUUUAAAGGAUCUUGGCAAAGAGAAGUAACACUGUAUUGUGACAUUAACUGGAGUGUCUGGUGUUUUCUGCUGGAUCAAAACGGCUGGAAUUUGAUAUAUGAUGGUAAUUAAUAUGGCUCAUUCUGAGAAAUAGAAUCAUUCCAGUGAAUUUUCAGUCCUUUUGCUGGGUUAAUUGGCAAAAAAGAAAGGAAUACAUAAAUAUGUACAGUAGGUACUGGCACAGAUCUGAGACUAAGAUCCUGACAGAGCAGCUGCAUAUUGUAGAAUGACAGCAUUGGCUGUUGGAGGAAAUUUGUGCCAAUUUCACUCUUAAGCAAAAAGUAAAUAUUAUAUUGAACAGCCCCACACAGGACGUCUUCUGGAGAUCAUGUAAUUUAAAUACUCUGUUGGAAUCUGAGUGGAUGAAAAAAGAUAUCUGUCUUUGGGGAGUAAGGGAAUAAUGCACAAUGGAAAAUGGCAGUGCUGUAGGAGACCACAGUGUAGUAUAAACCAGAAGUUUUCUCAGUAAGAAAGCUUUUAUCUUUUCUCUCUUUUUUGGUUUUUCCGUUUCACUGGUCUAUGUAUCAAAACUGAAGAACUGUAAAACUGCAGGUCUUCUAAUUGCCUAAACUUUUGUAUUAAUUUGUGAUAACCCAAUCUAUCAGCAAACUUGGUUGACCUUAUGAAGACACUGUUUGGGUAUGAGUGUGGUCAUGAUUCGCAGGAGAGAGUAACUACUAAUGCUGGUAAAAACACCUGAUAUAUCCCAAUGUUCACUUUCUCAAUGGCAGAGGUACAGUCGUACCUUGGAAGUUGAACGGAGUCUGUUCCGGAAGUCUGUUCGACUUCCAAAAUGUUCGGAAACCAAAGUGCGGCUUCUGGAAGCUCCUGCAGCCAAUUCGGAAGCCGUGCCAGACAUUCAGCUUCCGAAAAUCCUUUGAAAACCAGAACACUCGCGUCUGGGUUUUGAUCGUUCGGUAGCCGAUUUGUUUAGGAGCCAAGGUGUUCGAGAUCCAAGGUACGACUGUACUUUAUACAAACUGGCAAGAAGUAAAGGUCAGGCGCUGUUGGAACUUCCUUUGGAGAACCUGGGAAGAAUGCUAAAACCUUGAAGCUUCAGCACAAACCCUGACACCUGUCCUUAAUUGAACCUUCCCUGCCAAAUUCCUGUGGGCACAAUAACUUGUCAAGGAAGCUGUGGAGAAGGGCAAAGGGGGAAUGAGGCUUUUCAUUCCUUCACUCCCUAUCUCAAGGGGACACACUCAUGCGGUCAGGCAAAGAGAUGGAUAUAGAGUCUGCUUUGCUUUGCUUUUCGCUUUGAUUAAUAUGAAAGGAAUUUGUUUCAGACUUUGUAGAAGCUGUGGUACAUCCCAGUGCAGCAGAGGAGAUAUGUAACUAUACCGACAACUGUCCUGACAUUAUAUGUUGGCCAUUGUGUUUGUUUAGUGGCCAUAUUAAGGCCCAUACAUCUUUACUUAUCAAUUCAGAGCCACAUGAGCUGUGAACUGCAGCUCCCUUAGAAUUCCAGUGUACAUUUGGAGUUUUGUGUCUUCCUGUGAAAUCCAGGUUUAUAAGCUUUCUUGACUGCCUUCCAUGAAAAUGCACAAUAAUGAUAAAUAUGUGAUUUGUACUCUAGCUGAAGUAAUAUACAGUGGUACCUUGGUUUUUGAACGUCUCUGUUAACAAACGUUUCGGAACUCAAACGCUGUAAGCCUGGAAGUAAAUGCUUCGGUUUUCGAACGCACCUCAGAAGUCGAACCGGAAACGCAGCUUCCAUAUUGAGUUUUCUGUAUUGAGAUUUCCGUUUUGAGACUUCUAUUUUGAGUUUUCAGGUUUUGAACGUUUCAGAACUCGAACGGUCUUCCGGAAUGGAUUUCGUUCGAAAACUGAGGUACUACUGUAUUUGCAGGGACUAGCUACAGUUGCCUUAUCUCUUAAUUCUUCCCAGUCUUGGCAUUUCUUAACCAGCUCUUACAAUUCAACCCUUAGUAAUUUGGCAGGAGCCAAUUCUGACAACAUUUCCCAUUAUUUAAUGUAUAUCGAAAUAGAAAUUUGCCAUGUAAAUCUUGAAAAAGAGAAAGUUGAUCUCAAGACCCUAGACUGACCAUCACCUAUUAAAGUAUUGCAGUCUUGCUUACCUAGUUGAGUCACCCAACUGUACUUACUAAUAUUACCAGGCUUAUAUAUAUAUAUCUACCUUUUUUAGUUUAAUGAAAAGUGUUCUUUAUUUGGAGAAAAUUGAUAGCAAAUAUUUGAAGAUCUGAUUGAAUGUAAGUCAUAAACAUAGACUAAAAUAUGAUACAGUUUGUGCGAUAAGUAGAAACAAAAUUUUUUCUAAAUAAAGUCUAAAGACUUUCAGCUGAACUCUGUGAAAUAGUAUAGAGUGUUCUACGGAAGAGACUGCAGGGAAGCAGAUCUCCUUUGCUUUUGAACUAUUUUUCCUUAAGGCAUUAGAUAUUUAUUCACAUGUGGCUUUUCUCUGUUCAUUGUUGGAACAAAAAUAACUCACAGAGAAUUGUUUGAUUAGUGUCAGAUGUAGAGUAGUAAUUUCCUGAGUUUAGUUGUAUGUUAAAAAAUCUGACUCAUUUUUGUGUCUUUAAUGAUGGUUUUACUAAGUAUGAUAUAUAUGUAACCAGAGUUCCGAGUUUGGGCAUUGGAUGUCAAUCAGCCAAAGGCCUGGUUGAAGAGGAACAUUUUUGCCUGGCACCUAAAGGUGUAUGGUGAAGGCAGUAGCCGAACCUCCCCACAAAUGGGGACUGCAGAAAAGGCCCGUUCUUGUGUUGCCAUGUUCCAGACCUCUUGUGGCGGAGGCACAGAGCCUCAGAGGAUGAUCUUAGGAUCUGGGUAGGUUCCUAUUGAGAGAAGUGGUCGUUGAUAUAUUGUGGUCCUGAGCCGUUUAAGGCUUUAUAGGUCAAAAGCAACACUUUAAAUUGGCCCCAGCUACUGACUGGCAACCAGUGCAGUUGAGCCAGGAUCAGUGUAAUAUGCUCAAACCAUCUUGCCCCGGAGAGCAACCUGGCUGCCGAAUUCUGCACUAGCUGAAGUUUCCAUACUAUCUUCAGAGACAGCCCUAUGUGUGACGCAUUGCUGUAAUCGAACCUAGAGGUUACCAGAGCAUAGACAACAGUAGUUAGGCUGUGCCUGUCCAGAUAGGGGCACCAUUGGGCCACCAGCAGGAACUGGUGGAAGGCGCUCCGCACUGUGGAGGCCACCUGAGCCUCAAGUAGCAGCAAAAGAUCCAGAAGUAAGUCCAAGCUGUGUACCCACUCCUAAAUCUCCCAACCAUCGAGUUUAUGGAAUCGCCCACUAACAGUGCCUCCAUUUUAUAUGGAUUGAGCUUCAGUUUGCAUCCAAUCGAUUACCAAGAUAAGACAAUAAUCUAGUUUAUCCACUGCCUCACCUGCAACUGUAAAAAAGAAACAGAGCUGUGUGUCAUCAGCAUAUCAUUGACAAUGUACUCCAAAACUCCAGAUAACCGCACACAGAGGUUUAAUGUAGAUGUUAAACAGCAUAGGGAAUAAAAUUGAACCCUGAAGAACCCCACAUUGAAGGUUCCGCAGGGCUGAAGAACACUCCCCAAGCUACACUCUCUGGAAACCAAAACUACCACAAAGCAGUGCCACCAACUCUUCUCUGACAGCCACUCCAUAUGGACACCAUGAUUGUUGGUAUUGAAAGCCACUGAGAAGUUGAGGAGAAUUAACAGGGACACAUCUCUCUCAUCUCUCUCCCAACACAGGUACUGUAUAUAGGGUGACCAAAGCAGUUUCUGUAUCAAAACCGGGCCUAAAACGUGACUGAAAUGGCUCUAGAAAAUCAGUUUCCUCCAAGAGCACCUGAAUCUGGUCUGAGAUCACCUGCUCAAGAACCUUGCCCAAGAAAGGGAGAUUAGAAACUGGCCGGUAGUUACUUAGAUUUUCUGAAUCCAGGGAGCAUUUCUUGAGGAGUGGUUUUACCACUGCCUCCUUAAAGCAAGCAAGGACCACCCUGUCUUGCAAGGAGGCAUUAAUCACUUCCGUCCCCUCUCUACUGGGUUUUAUCAGCCAAGAGCGCAAGUAUUUGCCCUGACUGAUACAAGCACCUUAGCCACAUCCUUGAGCAUUACUAACUGAAACUCAUUCAACACAACAAGACUAGACUGUGUUCUGGACACCCAUGAGAUCCAUCUGCUAUAACUGUGGAGUUAAGAUCUCGCUGGAGGCAAGCAAUUUUAUCCUCAAAAUGUUUUGCAAACAAGUGACAAAGGGCAGAAUUCAAAGUAGACCUAAGGAGAUUGCUGCAGCAGCACAAGUGUUUCUGCUUGUCUGGUGAAAUUAGCUCCCUCUCCCUCUGUACAGUACUCUAAGAGUUCUCCUGACCCCCCCAGGCUGAUCUGAGGAGGGUGUGGGGGAAGGAGGGAGGGAGCCCCAUUGUGCUAUUGGGAUUUGUUCUGGCUCCUGCUAGCACAGCUAUUAAGUUGAAUCCUGCCCAAAUGGUAGAUCUCCAAACUGAAUUAGCGAGGUAAAAAUUUACAAUAGAGAAGGAAGAUUAGAAGGAGUAAGAGUUGCUUUUUAAAGAUUGAGAGAGGGUUAAGAAAAAAGUAGAUAGUUUAGAAGCAGAGAAACAUCAGGACAAGAUCGUUGCAAGAGACUUGUGUAAGUGAAGAAUAGGAUGAAGAGGAAAAGUGCACUUAGAAAUAAAACAAGAAAGCAAAAUGAGAAACUGAAAUAAAUAAAAAUGCACAAAUUUAUCAACCAGGAAUAAUAGCCAGUAGAAGAUUUUUCUGUGGCCACCAACCCAGGAAAAAGUGAGCUGAGCAAGCCAUGUGGAUUUAAGUUUUAAAGCAGAUAGGGAACCUUUCUUAAUGUAAAGGAUGUUCCCUCAGGGUAAUCUCUUAAGGGCAACAUACUGGCAUUGGCUGGGGCUGAAGCAAAAAAUGGAUGGACCAUUCAUUUCACUCUUUUUGCCACCCCUUUCUCUCUCUCUCUUUUCAGCUUCCAUUCUAGGCAGAGAAAGAGAGCCUUAUCUUCCUCCCUGCUCACACCACUCCAGGGGUACUGGAGGAGGAACAGAUUGUAUUUUAGUGUUUUCUUGGAAGCCGCCCAGAGUGGCUGGGGAAACCCAGCCAGAUAGGAGGGGUAUAAAUUAUUAUUAUUAUUAUUAUUAUUAUUAUUAUUAUUAUUAUUUCUGUACCUAUUCCAGCAGCUCAUUUGGCUUCUGUGCGAGGUGGGGAGAAAGAGGCUUCCGUGUUCCCAGCAUGGAAAUAGUGAGGAAUGAGGCCGAGAAGCAGAAGCCAUGAGGCCAGACAGGAAUGGACUAUGAGCCAGAAUCAACCUGUGGACUGGUGGUUCUCCACCCAAUUUUAAAAUGUUGUUAUUACAUUGGGUGGCAGUAGUUAAGGACAGUCUGUAAUAAAACACCUGAACAUCCUUCUUAGAGCUUGCAACAAUUCCUCUUCCUGGUAGUUUUGUCAGAAAAAAAAUACCCAACUUGAAACAUUAGCCAGUUUCUAUGCAGACAGCUAAAAUAUCUGCUUUUGAGCAUACAGUUAGAGCACCUUGUGCACUGCAUGAAUCUGAGAGUGUUCAAGUAAAUGUCCAAGUUACAAGAUCAAAGCUUAGAUGCUGCCAGAAAGCCGUCCAAUUUAUCCAUACUGUGAACUCAUGCAAAACUACUUAACAUACUUUCUUGACACAGUCAACUUUACAAGAAGCUACAAUUUGGUAUUGGCAUUAAUUUAUUAACUAGCUGAGAACUAUUUUCUAAGUGCAUGCUCCAUUAACAAUUCAACUUGGGGCUGAUUUCAGUUUUAUUCUUUUCUCCAUCUUAAGCCCCAGACAUGAAUUUAGCUGGGUAUAUUUUUGCUUAUCAUAGUCACAAACAUGCACUGGACUAGAUGGCUAAAUUUUUGCUGGUUUCUGAACUGGGAUUUAGGACCACAUGUUUAGGAAUGAUCAGGUGACCCAUGGUAAAAGUGCUGGUGGAAAUUCUAGUAUGAGGGGAACAGGGACACAAGAUCCUGUGGCCCACUUUGGCUCAUUAAACUGUGGCGAGCACUUGCAGAAUAUAAUGUCUGAAUGCUGUUUGAUAAACUGAAAUAGCUACUGUCCAAAUACUUACCUUGAGACAGGUUCAAAUACAAAAGAUCAACACUGAGUUUCAUGCAUGCCAUUUGCUUAUCAGCUGAUAUGCUGGCUUUAAGGUCAUUAACAGCCCAAUCAUAUUUAUGUCUAUUAAGAAGUAAACCUCCUUUUUUGAGUUACCUUUAGUCUCAUUUAUAGUGGGUUAUGUGAUACAAACUAUGAACUAAGAAAUACCUCAUUCAAAUCUUAGCUUAGGUCAAGGCUAAACUACAGGUGAUACUAAAGAUGCAAUUCAGAAGCACAUUGGGGUUUUUUAAAAAGUCGGUGCAGAGCCCUCUGAUUUUUAUCAAUACCACAGUGCAUAGGGAUGGGACGUUUUAUCCAUCAAUCCUGUUGUGACAUUGCAAUGCUCCCAUUAGCCGGGGGGGAGGGGGAGCUUUUACUGACCCUAAUCGGAGUUCUUCUCACCCCCGAGGCUAAGAGUCAUAGUGCUGUGUGUGGAGGGUGAUUUUCUUCAGGAUCCCAGCUAGGGAGGGUUAAACCUCCCCUCCCCACGUGCUAGGCUUUAUGAGAAUCACCUUCCCUGGAGUUGCUAUUAAAUUUUUUUAACCUUGAUAACCUUCCAAGUGAUAGAUUUGAUCCUCAGUCAUGAACUCUCUGGGUGGUCUAAGGUAGGCUGUUAACAAUUAGGUCCACCCACCUUUGACUGCAAUAUGGCAAUAAUAUUGGUCUACUUUUAUAAGACUGUUGUAUGGACCCUCAAGUUAAUGUAUAUGAAUCUCUUUGAUUCCUCAGAAAAAGUGCUAUAUAUUAUGAUGAAGAAGAAUACUUCCAUUGAUAGCAACCAAGGGAGCAUGCGUUUCAUUUUUAUUACUACUAAAAUGUCUCUUUACAGAUGCAGCAACUUGAAAAGCAAGUGAUUGAUGCAGAUCGACAAGCAGAAAAAGCUUUUCAGCAGGUAUGUUCAUAAUGCAGAAUUAUGUGCAGUAGCAACAAUGUUCUGAAUUUAACCUAAUGUAACCUAAUGUAAAUUUAUUUUACAGGCAACCCCACCCCCCGUUCGGUCCCCUUCCGGUGCUGAAAACAACUCAUGCAUUGGUGAUGACACAUCAAUUAGAUGAGUGCAAAAUGGUCACCACCUGUAUUUAUAUUUUAAAAUCAUAUUUUAACCCAUUAUUCAGUCAAGUUUUAAUGGGCAAUCAAAAUCCUUGGCUGGCAGCAGCGGGGCCUAAUAGAUCCGUAUAAGUACCUCUACAGGCCCACCACUCGUGCCUGCCAGGGUGGAAAAAUGGGGGCAGGGGAAAAAGCAUUUUUGCUAUGCCAGCUCCCAGGUUGACACAACAGGGCCAGUUGAGAAUCCAAUGAAUCCUGUGCCAGCCUUAUUUCAGGAGUUCCUGCAGGCUAACACUGACUGGUAGCAGCUCUCCAGGGUUUCAGUUUCCCAGUGCCGUCGGCCUUGGGCAUACAUUUGUAUUUUACCAUAGGAAUACAUCAGAAAGCUCUGAUUGGAAAUAGAGCCCUUUGUGUCUACAAAUUGCAAAACAACAGAUUUGUGAUCAUCAUAUGUGAUAGUGUGCACAAUUUCCUACAUGAACAUGAUAUUUAUAUAGAAAAUGCAUCUAGUGUGAAGAAAUCCUAGGUAGGAGUGGAGACAGUUCCAUAAACUUGUGAGAUUACAAAUUUGCUAUGGACUGAAGCUUUGGUUCUUCAGAUUUAAUUAGAAACUGCUAGGAUCGUUCCAGAUUUAUUUCCCUGACGAGGCUGAAUUUAAAUAGGAAGAUAAUAUCAACUGUGAGCAGCAUGAAUCCCUCUUGGUAUGCCUGCCUUGUAAUGCCUUCAUGGCCUAGCCUGAGUGCCUCUGCAAAUAUGCUAGCAAUUUAUAGAUAACUGAGCCUUGACUUUUAUCUUUAACAGAGUUGUUUAGGCAUAUUCAGCUUUUCCAACACUUGACCACAUGCUCUAUUAUAAGCUAUGUUUAUACAAAAGGAGAAAAGGGUGUUUUAGGGCUUAAAUUUAUUUAUUGUUCUUGUUUAAAAUAGACAUGCUCUGUGCCUGUAAAUGUCUUUGUUGACAAAUUAUUACAAGGUUGGCCCUAAAACUUUUUAACUCAAUAAAUUGGUAGUUUGCAUUUAGCUUCUCUUCUGCAUUCUGUCUUUUAUAAACAUUCAUCCCCACACAUAGUAUAAAGUAGUCAGGGGAAAGUUCAAAAUAGGCUUGAGCAGAACUGGUUAGAGGGGCGUGCAAAUGUUUUUGCCCAGCGAAACUCUCACCCCUUCCUUUUCUGCAAUUUUCCCCAUCUCUUUGCAAGAAAGUGAAAAAAUGCGGGACUGCUUUCAUUUGUUUCAUGGAAUUUACUUUUAAGUAAUUCCCCCCGCCCCACCUAUUAUUUGAGAAGAUCUCACAAAUAAUGCUUUGAUUGAAUUAUCCAUGCAACGGUUACCAGGGCACUGUUAAAUAUUUUGCCAAAAACAUAAUAUAAUAGUUUAUGCAAUUAAUAUUAGACAUGUUACAGAAGCAGGACCUUCAUAAACUAUCCAUGUGUAUCUGUGCUGGGGAUCUUGUCUGUUGUAUCGGUUUGGUCACUCCAUCUCAGAUGUUGCAAAGAUACAAAAUAUUUUUAAAAAGUCAAAAUGAUCCAUGGAUUAAAGCACAUUCUGUGCAAUAUUUGGAACUGUUUCAAUUUUUAGUUUUAGGACAGUUAAGGGGACACUUGAUAGAAGUUUGUGGAAUUAUUUAAAUAUUUUGGAGAAAGUAGACAGAAAUAAUUUUCUUCCUCUCUCACAGUACCAGAACUUGUGGUCAUCCAGUGAAUCCAUUCGCAGUAGAUUCAUGACAGACAAAAGAAAUUCAUUUUUCACACAAUGCAUCAUUAACUUAUGGAAUUUGCUGCCACAGCAUGUAGUGAUGGCUACUGGAUUAGAUGACUUUAAAGGGGGAAUUAGACAGAUUCACUGAGAAUAGAUCUCUCAAUGGCUAUUAACUAAACUUUUGAAGAUGUUUAGCUUUUGAAGAUGUUUUGAAUAUUGCUGUAAUCUGUUCUAUUACUCUCUUCUGUUACUUUUUUAUGUAGUUUUAUAUUGCCUUUUGAAUGUAUGGUAACUUUUUAUUUUGUUUGCUGCAUUGAUGGGUUUGAUGUUAGCUGCAUUGAUGAAAAGUAGCAUAGCAAUAAACAAACAAACUAGGGUAACUAAGUGGAAUGCCCCUGUUCAGAGGCAGAAUGCAUGCAAUACUAGCAGAAGACUUCAACCUUUAUGCCCUGCCUGCAGCGUUCUGUGAACAGCACUGUCAUGUUUGUAAAAAGCAGGGGAUGGUCAUUGUGAGAACAGAGUGCUAGAACAAAUUGGCCUUAUCCAGCAGACUCAUAAUGUUUUUAUAAUCCAGCUGUUCUGAUUAUUCAUGGGAGUUCCUCCACUUUUUGCACUGGUUCUUACAGGACCCUGAUUCAAAAUUCUGGAGUUAAUGUUUGAGGAAAUGGGCCAGGAAGAACUAGUGGUUCCCUUACUAGGCUGCGUAUAUUAAACGGAACAAAAUUAAAUAAAAUAGCACAAGGUGGCUGUGCAAUUUUAUUGUAAGGAAUCUCUGUGAAAACCACUGUGGAAAUGCCAUUUACAGUAAAUAGUAGACAAGCAAAGUAGAUCUAAUCCCAUUUCACAUAGUAAACAAAUUUUGGAAAUGAAGGUUAACUCAUGUAGUAACAGAGAGUGUUGAGAUUGUCAGCACGUGUGAUGGUUCACUGUUCCCCAACCAGGGAAUCCUAGCAAGAGGCCAUCACUGUUUGUGUAUACAUGCUGGUGUUUUGCAGAGGGAAUGUGCAUGCAGCUAAAGCAGCUCUGUUGGAUUUUGUAGUUGGUUAAGCACAGUGCAAUGGCAGAUGCUUGUCUCAGCUCACAAAUGGCUUGAGCAAGCAGGCAACAAUAUUGGUGGACUAGACAAUUUGACUCAGAAAACAGUUUAACAAAUUUCUGUCUUAAAAGUAAUCUGCUUUCUGUUUUUUCAGGAAUAGUUAAAACAUUUUCUCUAUGAGUUCAAAAUAAAUUGCAUGCCUUAAAUAAUCCCUGCUAAACUUUUUAAGAGUAAUUAUAAAACACUGGUGUUCAUUCAUUGUUGUACAUACUGGUGAUCCAGACUAUUCUUGGGAGGCACUCUACUCACAGAACUGCCCUGCUGAUGGAAGUAGUGGGAGGAGAUUUCUGCUUAUUCCUCCUGCAAUCCGUGGUGUCCACCCAAAAAGUUGUCCCAGAAGGAAAGACUAUCCUCCAGAACUGUGUGGGAGAUAGACCUGGGGGCUGCAAAGGAAAGGGGGAAUUACCAAAAUUACCCUCCUUCCUCCAGCAGCUCGAGGUGGCAUACAUGGUUCUCUUCUUAUUUUUGUUUCUGUGGUGUAAACAGUUUUCAUAUAUAGUGCUAUGUUCUAACUUCUAGGUGCAAAUUAUGGAGGAGAAACUAAAAGCUGCUAAUGUCCAAACCAGUGAGUCAGAGACAAGACUAUAUAAGAGAUGUCAAGAUCUGGAGACACUGGUGCAGGAGAAAGAUGACAUCAUACAUAAUUUGGAAGAACAGCUUGCAGAACAGGUUGGAAAUGAUAUGGCUGUCCCUCAGUUACCUACAUUUAUAAUUUGUUGUAUAACAGAUAAGAACCAAAGUAGGGAAAAGAAUCCAUACCUUCUAGAUUUUCUUCCACUGAAAGCCCUGUUGGAAAAAGUAAUCAGAUUCUGUAAAGAUAUCUAUUCAUAUCUCAAAUUUUGAUCAGAAAUGUAAAUGUGGAUGACUAUAUUACAUGGCAUGCAUCUGAGAAGGAGAUUUUGAAUGGGACCUUUUCUAGUUGUUUGGGCCCUUAAAAUUGUGUUUUUAAAAAUUGUGUUGGGGACAAACUUUCUGCUUUCUUCAAACACUGUAUUAUUUUGAUUCCUGGAGCAACUGUUCCUUUUUUGAGGGGCGGGGUGGAAUUCUUAGAACUUCAUAAAGCAGCUUCGCAGAAGAUCAGACUUGAGGCUGCCAACAUAUAUUUAUGUGUUGCCAUAAUAGCACUGAGAUCCAAUCUAGUCCCAGCACAGCAGCAUCUGCCAUAGUGUUGAUGUACUGAUCUCUUGUUCCUGCCCUAUAAAACUUGUACAAGGGCAACUGAUGCUUUCCCAUUAGCUGGAGGAGAGACUGGGGUCCCUUUUGUGGUUGAGGAUCUGGAUUUUUAGUGGAGGUAUUUGUUGUUUCUACAAGAGUGGCUUUUUGUAAGGGGAUGAGAGUUGUUGGUUGUUUUCGUAAGCAUCAGAUACUGCUCUAAUUGCAUAAUGCCAAUUGUUGGGUGGACAAAAACGUUUCUUGGGGUCCAGAAUGCAAGUUGCAAAAGAGCUGGGUCUGUCAUUUUUUCAGAAGCAAAUAAGAAUACAAGAGGCAAAAAUUAUAGAAGAAAAAGCUGCCAAGAUAAAAGAAUGGGUGACUGUCAAGCUCCAUGAGGUGAGUGCUGUGAGAAAAAUGUAUCAAAGAUGAGCAGCAAACACUUGAAAAUGCUUGAAAAUGUAGCAGGCAUUAUAUGGUUAAAGUUUUUUUCAUUAUUACGUUCACUGAUAUUACAUUAUUACGUUCACUGAACCUCUGCCAACAAAAUGGCAACUCAGAACUAUGCACAGAUGAAAAUCUUAGUGGACUAAUUCAUGUUCCUUUAGCACACAACUGCCAUUUCCCAACUUAUCUACUCACUAGUAAAAAUGAAAAAGUGAGUUAUUAGCAGCUUUCCAAAUAAGUCCACCAGUUUUACUGAUAUGCAAAAGUAUUUACUGGUCCUUCUGGUCAUUCACACAUAUGUUAAUCAUCUGUGGGACAUAGGCAGCUUGAAAAGAGGAUGUGCUAUCCCAGAUGCAGUAACUGCUUUUCUCCAAAUCAUCAGAGAAUGGGAAUUUAAAGAUAAUUAGGAUUCCCCCUUUCUGUGCAUUAGAAAUAAGAAAAUACUUUUGAUUUAAGGUGGUUGAUGAUGAAGAGAAUGGGUUGGUUUUAGUGCCUUUUUCUGUCUUAAGAUUUAUGGCAGCCAUAACAUGUAGAAUUUUUCAAAAUGAAGAAAUAGGAACCUAGAAACUGAAAUCACAGAAUCAUAGAAAUGUAGAGUUGGAAGGGAUCACAAGGGCCAUCUAGUCCAACCUUCAAUAUAAGAGUCCUUUGCCCAAAGUGGGGUUCCAACCUACGACCCUGAGAUUAAGAGUCUCAUGUUCUACCAACUGAGCUAUUCCUUCACUAAAUAAGCAUUGAGAUCAACAACUGCGAUUCUAAUAAACAUUUAAAUUAUAUUGUUUUCAGAUGUGGCAAAGAUACACAAGUAUGGUUUGAAUAUUACCUACCUGAAGCAGUAUUUUGAACUAUUCAUACAUAUAAGAUAGGGGGAAAUGGCUUUUCUCUGGAUGCAAUGUUUUUCAGUGUUUCUACUCAUGAAAAGGAGCUUCUGUCUAUAUGCUUUCAGCUAGAAGUGGAAAAUCAGAACCUUCGCAUGUUAAAUCAAAACCAAACUGAAGAGAUGAGGAUAUUGCAGACUAAAUUGCAAGGUAGAUGUGGAAGAUUAUCUGAAAACAGCUUUAAGUGUUAUGUACUGCGUUUCAUUAUUAGAACAUUAGCCAGCAUGCCUUUACAUUAAGUAUGUAAGUAUUUAUAACAGGUUGUAUUCUGUGCUAAUGUUUGUGCCACGGGCACAGAAUUUUUAUGGGUGGAAGUUGGAUGAGGAAUGCUUCCCCAACUCUGAGCCUUGGCUACUGUUGCAGGUCCCUUUCUUGAAAUAUUCUUUCCCGCUCACAAAAUCAGUCCUUCCGCACGUGCAGAGAGAGGGGAAGAAACGUGUCCAUGCGCAACUCACACACUGGAUCCUUGGAAUUCUUGCUCACUUUUUUUCUCCCAUUUGAGCCCAGGUCUGCUGCACUGGUACGAGCUACAAGUGGGUCGCCUCGACUCACAGCUAGGCAGUGCCAGGCUGGCUGCAAGCACCCUGUCCAUGGCAGGGGAGACGGGUGGGUGGCCAGACACAUGGUGGUGGUGGCGCCCCAGCCUGAGGAGGUGCGCAUGCAUGUCCCACCACUUCUCUGUGGCUCCAUUUGGCAACAGCAGCAGUGCUGCAUGGAGGUGCCUUGAUGGCUGGGCGACGGCAAGCACCUCCAUCCUGCCCACAGCCAGCUUCCUCUGCCCGUUGCCCUGAGCUUCACUAGAGACGCUCCCACUCACUUCAGCACACUAGGGGGUGCAAUACCUGCUCUGCCCUGGGUGUUGGCAACCCAUGCAACACUACUGGUGAGAAUCAGCUGGUACAUAUAUUUCCCUUGCCCACAAUAGGAAAAUAGGAAGUUGGGACCUCUAGCUUCCUUUGCAUUAUUUAUCCAUUUAGAUUUCAUUUUUAGGUAGAUGCCACAGUGGAAUUAGAUCACUUGUUUGUGCCAUUUUCUAAAACCUAGACUUAAGAUUCAGUCAGAUGUUGUUUCUUUGCUUAUAUUCUAACCCUCUGCAUAGGAAGUAUCUAGAAAAUUGUUAUAUGCACAUUUUGUAAUGUUGGAAUUUUCAGAUAUGGAUAAGUUGCUUGGAUGAUCAUGAGACACAGCCACAAUUUUUUAUGUGGCUUGGGAAACCCAGCCAGAUGGGCUGGGUAUAAAUAAAUGAUGAUGAUGAUGAUGAUGAUGAUGAUGUGGUGGCAAUGAUUCCUAAAUCAGCCUUGAGACACUUCUAUGAAAGGAAGUUUCAAAUGGCUUAAAUAUAUAUAUAUAAUAGCUGUAUCAGUCCUUCCACUUGCAUAUACUCUUCUACUGAUAACUGUGAAGACUCAGUAGAAAGGACAAAUAUGUUGCUGAUGCUUAAAAGCAAGCUUGUAAAUCAGAAUUAUGUAGUCUUUGUCUCUUCUGAUCUGUAGCAAUGCUUACAGUCAUCAGAUUGAGGGUUUUGCUGAUUUAAAACCAAAUGAAAAGAUGUUGUAACAUACAUUUUCAAAACCAGUAUAGGAAUAAAAAGCUGCCUUAUAGCAAGUUAGAAAACGAUAACAAUGAGGAUCCCUAGAAGUCAAAGCAUAAACAAUUACAAGACCUAGAAUAAUCUAUAUAUCUUUAUAUAUACAUCAAUGAAGAUACAGAAACACAAAACCAAAUAAUAUAAAUCGGAAGAUAGGACAUCAGCAGACAAAAAUCUGUUUCAACUGUUUAGUCUUUUUUUAAUUCAGUCUGUUUUCUCAGUUGUUCAUGAAGAGUGUGAUAACAUUCAACUCAUGAAGAGAUAUCCGGUUCUUCUUGUGCUUUUCUGGCCAAUAAAGGUUAUUUUUUCUGUGCAGUUGUUUUUGUCAUGAUGAAUUGCUUUUUUGCCUUGAUGAAAAACAGUUUUUUCCCUACAAGUGCAUGUACAGUCUUUGAGUGAAAUAUUUUAUGGUUCAUCUUGGCUAAAGAAUUCAUCAGUGCAAACACAGCUGCUUAGAAAAAUGAACCCGUAUGGGCCAGAAAAGUACAAGAAGAACCAGGGUAUCUUUUCAGGAGUUGAAUGUUAUCACUCUCUCCAAGGACAAUUGAAAAAACAGACUGAUAUUUAUAUUUUUUAAGGAAGACUGAGUUUACCGAUGUGCCAUCUUCAGAUUUAUAUUAUUUCUUUUUGUGUUUCUGUAGCUACACUGAUGCAGUUUAUUUUAUUGAGAGAGAGAGAGAAAGAAAGAAAUACAACCCCAUUUUUAUAUACAGUCAUACUUCGGGUUACAGACGCUUCGGGUUGCACGAUUUCAGGUUGUGCACUGCGCCAAACACGGAAGUACUGGAACAGGUUACUUCCGGGUUUCGGUGCUUGCGCAUGCGCAGAAAUGCUAAAUCGUGCUUUGCGCAUGCGCAGAAGCACUGAAUCACAACCCGUGCAGACACGGCACUGUGGGUUGCAAACGUGCUUCCCACACAGAUCACAUUCGCAACCCGAGCGUCCACUAUACUGGGUCUUGUAAUUUUUAUACCAGAUUUGUCCCAUUAAUCUAGUCUUUCUACUCUCAUUGGUAGCAGAACUCUGAUCACAUACUACCUGUUUCUUUCAAUUAGAGAUACCAGGGAUUGAAUCUGGACCUUUUGCAUUCAAAGCUCUACCACUGAGCUUUGGUUCCUCCUCAGAAGGGGUCAGUGUUAUUUACUGCUAAAUUGGAGAAUGCCUUUUGACUGAAGGGGGGCUAAUACAAGCCCAGUGUUGUUGUCUUGGUACAGGAGCCAAGAACUAAUUUCAUUGUAUGUGUGGAGAAUCAGAUUCCUGUUCUCGGUUAGCAAGAACAAAAAAUAUUCCUCAUAAAUGAUAGCUGUUCACCACUUCCCACUUCUUCCAUAAAUUUUGCUCAUACAAUGGUACCUCGAGUUACAAACGCUUCAGGUUACAAACUCUGCUAACCUGGAAGAGUUACCUUGAGUUGAGAACUUUGCCCCAGGAUGAGAAUGGAAAUUGUGUGCCAGCUGCGCAGCAGCAGCAAGAGGCCCCCAUUAGCAAAAGCACGCCUCUAGUUAAGAACAGUUUCAGGUUAAGAACAGACCUCCGAAACUAAUUAAGUUUGUAACUAGAGGUACCACUGUAUGAUGGAUUUCUUUCUUUCCACACUUUAGUCAAUAGAAAUAUAAAAGAAAGAAUUUCAGGUAAACAUGGAUGCUAAUAUAAAAAUUCUUGGGUCUUACAGCUUUCAAGAUAAAUAAGAAAUCUUUUAGUAUAUAACAGCAGAAUAUAUUGAAUCUUGAUAUUUGAAUUAUUGCUGCACAGAACUUCAGGGGAAGAAAUCUGUUCCUUCAGCACAAAAGCCUGGAGAAGGCCAACGACUGAGCAGUUUGACUUUUGGAUGCUUCUUGAACCGAGCAAGAAGUCCUCAGCAAGUUCCAAAGCCUGACGAUACAAGCAGCUCCUCAUCAAAGCAAGCUGAACUAAGUGAAGGCAAUAGCAGUCUAGGUAUUUGGGGCAUAAUUUUCGAAGUGACCAGUAAUUCAAUCCUAAACAGAUUUACUUGGAAAUAAUUUACAUUGAUAACAAUGGGAUUUUAUUUCUAACUUUAUUUCUAGGAGGGAUAGAGACUUCUUUUUAAAAGAAGCUCAGAUUCUGGGGCCUCUGCUUGGGGCGUGGGUUGGCUGUGCUGGCAAUCCUGGUUAUCAACCUGCAUCAAAACAAGCAAAGUCUGUUGACCAACUUUGGCCAGAAAUACCACCCUUUUAAAAACUACAUGCAUGUUACAGAACUCAUGAGUGAAAACACAAUCUAGGUGUUUCCCAUGAAUUGAAACAGGGAUUGGGAAACUCAGGCCUGGAGCCAAAUGCAGCCCUCCAUGCCUCUCUAUGUGGCCCUUAGAACUCUUCCCAGGCCACACAUACAACUGGCCCUGCUUUGUGACUCGAGAGUGUUUUGCCUGGCUGGAAUGCCCACCGGUCUUGAGAGCGUUAAACUUUUGAAAAUAUAAUUAAAGUUGAGGAAGAAAUAUUCUUUCUUUACACAGAAAUUUAUUCUUAAUAAACUUCAUAAUUUUAAGCUUAGUCAUCGUGUUCUGUUCUUUGUAAUAUGUCAUAUAAUCUUUUACAAGGGCUGCGUAUUUUAAUUUUCCAUCUUGACCAACAGUGUUCAUGUUAUCAAAAAUUUCAGUGUGAACAUUAGAACAGUUUCAGUCUUAUCUACAAAGUAGUUAACCUGGGGUCCUUGCAUUUGAAUAGGAAUAGCCUUCUUGUUUUUCAAAUGUGUUAACAUACUGAUCACAAAACUAUAUAAUACCAGCAACUGAAAGCUUAGGAUAGGAUGAACUCAUCUGGCACUUACAUUGCAGGGGUGCUACUUUGGAUUUGUCAAGUGCAAUGACGUUGCUGCAAAUGUUUUAGGUUUGAAAUGUCACUUAGCUUAUGGAGAAGUACUCUGACCUGUUUGUAGCUUAGGUUGUAGGUUAAGAAUAGUUUCUAUUACACUUUCCUUCUGAUUCUGUAUACUUGGAAGUGAAAGCUGUUCAAGGACUGGAUAGUAGGGCUGCAGUGCAGAAGAGUCACAGCAGACAACAGGAGAAACUAGUAGAAUGGUCAGAGGAGGUAUAUUUCUCCGCCUUUUUGUUGUUAUCAUCCCCUCCUUCAGAUUGUAUAAAGAAACUCUGUAUGACAAAAAAAAGUACUUGGGCUAGUUGCAAAACCCCAGACAGAGCUUUCUUUGGGCUCACUUUUGAAUUACUCACUGUGUUCUACAUUUUCAACCUUCAGGUGAGAGCCAUUUUUGAAUGCUCCUCCACGUACAAAAUUAACUCCAUGUACAAAAUUAAACCCUAACUCCUCUGGAAAUAAGAUUCUAGCCUUGCCCUUCUCCAUUUUUUCUAUACUAGUUUUCUGUUUGAAGGAAGUUGUCAUUUUGACAAAGCUAGUGGAGUAUUAAAACCAGCAUCUCAGUCUAUAGCAGCCUUUCUCAACCUGUGGGUCCCCAGAUGUUGUUGAACUUCAAUUCCCAUCACCCCUAGCUAGCAAGGCCAGAACUCAGGGAUGAUGGGAGUUGUAGUCCAACAACAUUUGGGGACCCACAGGUUGAGAACCACUGCUCCACAGGGAUUUGGUCCACUUAUUUGUAGAUCUGACCAUAUCUUAGAAUGAAGCGGCCAAUGUUUCACAUAAUAUUGUAUACUAUUUGUAUACAGUAUUUUUCCAUGUAUAAGACUAGGGGGUUUUUUUAACCAAAAAAUUAGGUUUGAAAUUGGGGCUAGUCUUAUACAUGGGUAGUGCUGAGGGGUGUUUUCUUAAUUUGGAGUCCCCCAAAAUAGGGGACGUCUUAUACACAGAACUAUACGGUAAGCUGUAUAUCACAAUUAUCUUGAUUGAAAACAAAGGUGCAUUUCAGCUGAUGGACACAUUGGUUAUAAAUUACAACCUGCUGCCUUCAUUAAAAGUAGUUUUUCCAAACAUGUCGUUGUUACUGUUUUUCCAGAGAAAGAAGUCCAGGAAACAUCUCUUCUUGGCCAAAUGUAUGGGAGUAAUAGAGUUCUGAAACCUCUACAACAUAGCUCUUGUAUGCCAGAACAAAGGCAAGCAGUAAAGUCAAAAGACCUAGAUAGUAAUGUAUCAAAGAACUCCUGCAUUACAGUAAGUGACUGGAGCUCUGAUGAGGAAGAAGGAGGCAAAGGAAGAUCAAAAUCUAGGUGCGUAUCCACUGUUUCAAGUCACACAUCUGAAGAAGGCACAGGCUAUAGCAGAAUUGGAAGUGAAAUGUAUUUGACAGCAUCAGAUGACAGCAGUUCUUUUUUGGAAGAAGAGAGCUUCCAAGCUCAGGGAAACAUAUGCAAAAAACUAUAUUCUUGGCAACAAGGGUCUCCAUGGAAAAACCAGAACCAUCUAGUUGGAAAGAGCAACUUGGAAUCCUUCAGCGAAAAGAAGGAUCAUGAUAGCUUUUCAGAUGAACUGAAUAAGAGGUUUCAGUCCCACAGGCUAGAUUAUUCAUCCUCUUCCAGUGAGGCAAAUACUCCAAGUCCAAUUCUUACGCCAGCUCUAGCUCCUAAGCAUCCAGCACUGAUCCUGGCAGCAGGCGCUGUGUCUGGCAGACAACUUGAUUCUCCAUCUAAUCUGCCGCCUCCAAAACUGAGGACUCCUAGCAUCUUUACUCUAAGUGCAGCAUUGGCAAAAAAACAUUUCAGCCAGCCUCCUCUAUGUUCGGACAAAAUGUUUGGCAGAAACAGAAAUGCUAUAAGCAUGAUACGUCCUUUUAAGCCUCAGGAAACAGACAUAGAUCAAGUGGAUGGGGAAAGUACAGAAGUUCUGGAGAAGAUGGAGAUUAGUUGUAAUGAGGAAUUGUUUACCUAUGACUCCUGUGAGACUCAGUGUGCAGAAACCUUGGACUCUAAUGAUGCAAGGAAAACUACAAGCAGCAAGCCGCCUACUCCUCCUCUGCAUCGAUUCCCCUCUUGGGUAAAUGAAAUCAUAAUAUUCCAGCAUGUUAGUUUAACCAGAUAUGGUUCACAUUCCCACUUUUUUGGGGGGGAAAUUAUCCUCUAAAUGUUGCUAUCAACAUUAAACGUGGGCAUAUGUUGCUUCGUUGAAAGCACAUGUCAUCUCUCCAGUCAGAAUUGACCACAUAUGAAAUAGCUAUAAGUGUUAAUUUUUCAAUGCAAUAAAUAAAUAAAUCUUGGUUUAUACUUCAGAAUACAUGAGAACAGAUUAGAAGCUCGACUAGGAUCAAUACAAGUUCAUGAAAUUUGUCACCGACUUCAGUGGGGCUAACAAUAAAGUAUUUUAAAACCCUUAUAAUUUCCCUUCUUUUUCAUAACAGGUUAUAUAAUUUAACCAGGACAAGAGAGAGGGCGGAUGGAGUAGAACAGGAAGACAUUAAGUUAAAUAUGACAGCACUAUUAGAUGAGUUGAUUGAAGAGCCUUUACUAGAUUUUCCACUUUAACUUUAAUUCACUACUUAUUAUUAUUUAAUCAAGGGCUGGGGGUGGAAAGUUUGAAUCCAGGCAGUUGUGCUGGGAGUGGGAAGUUAGUGUUUUCCAUCUCAUCUAGUAUGGCCAGAGUGUGUGUGUAGGAAAUGCAAAGAAAUGUAUUUACUGCCACUGAUAUUCACAGUUUAUAAUUUCCUGUGUUUACCUUUCAGUUACUUUUUAAUACUUAGAAUAUUGCUGUUUGCUGUGACUUACAUAGGGAAAGUGAUAGGGAGAGUUGAGGGAAAGAGUAGUACAGUGGUACCUCAGGUUACAUACGCUUCAGGUUACAGACUCCGCUAACCCAGAAAUAGUGCUUCAGGUUAAGAACUUUGCUUCAGGAUGAGAACAGAAAUCGUGCUCCGGCGGUGCGGCAGCAGCGGAAGGCCCCAUUACCUAAGUGUUGCUUCAGGUUAAGAACAGUUUCAGGUUAAGAACAGACCUCUGGAACAAAUUAAGUACUUAACCCGAGGUACCACUGUACAGGUAGUUGUUACUAAUGUAUGCAGUUUGGUGGAAGGUGAUCUUAAAAGUAUGCAUUUCUCUGGAAAAAAAUCUCAACUGUUCUAAACACAUUUAGCUUCUUUCCUAAGCACAUUUACUUAAACAAACAAGCAUCCUGUUGACUUCAGGAACUAUAAUAGGUGCUUAGGAAAUUAUAGGUUAAUUGAAUUUUGAUAGCAAUAUAUAGUGGAAAACACAUAAAUGACUACUAAAGAGAGCUUAUGGGCAGUAUCCAACUUAUUCUGUGCAAGGAUUUCUGCUUGCUCAGUGGACCUUUCUCCCCCAUGUGCCAUUCUGGGGGUUUCUCCAGCCCUCCAGACCAAGAUGUGGGGACAGCAUCGGACACAUAUGGAGAGAGGAGAGGUGGGAAAGCUCCCUUGGGUAAAUGGAAAUCUUUACAUAGAUUGAACAAAUCAGUUAGAUACCAUCCUAAAGCUUAACCAUAAUUAUUAAACAACAUUAAAAUAUUACCAUAUGAAGAAAUUGGUAUCAAGUGACAAAUAUUUCAGUAAAGAACAAAUCAUGUUGCUGAUAAUCAAAAUAAGCUUUGUUGUACUAGCCCAGGGAUCUGCAACCUGCGGCUCUGGAGCCACAUGUGGCUCUUUUACACCUUUGCCGCGGCUCCGGGGCGGAUACUAACGAGGGGAGGAGGCGCAUUGUGCGCCCCAACACUCCCCACUGUGGCGGGCGCUGUACUGGCUGUGAUGUCGCAUGGGGCAGUGCGUGCGUUAGUCACGCACCGUCCCGACGUCACCUGCCCGCCCGCUACAUUGUAAGGGGCAUGUACGCUGGUCACUGCAUUGAAAGGGGGCAUGUACGCUGGUCACUGUUUUGAAGGGGAGUGAAGAACACACACACACAAAAAGGUAACUUGUUAAUUUAACGUUUAUUUCUAUGAGGAGGAGUAAUUCUGAGGGGUCAAACAAAUAAUAAAAAAAGUGACAAAAAAGUUAUUUUUAUAAUGACAAGUUUUGCGGCUCCCAGGUUUUUUUUCUUUGGAAACGGGUCCAAGUGGCUCUUUUUAUCUUAAAGGUUGCAGACCCCUGUACUAGCCAAAGGCCAUGACAAAACCAUACAAACACUAUCAGGAAAAGAAAUAUCUAUAUAACUAUGUAACUGUAUGUAAAAAGCCAAGCCACUGCCUGAACCAUCAAAAUCAUGAAAUGCUGCUAAUAAAAAAAAUGCAGCAAUGUCUGAAAGAAAUACAUUUUAUAAGGAAUAGCUGCAAAAAAUAGAGAACUAGAGCAGAAAUAUGCAAAUAACAGAUUAUCAAUUUUUGGCAUCAGCUGUUAAAAUGUUUCCUAACGUUGAAAAGAAACUUAAUUCUGCUCCCAUUUGAAUUUAGUUGAAGUGGGCCAUAGAUGUAAUGUGAACACAGCCUAAAGUUAUGGAAAGGCUUAAUAAAAUGUAUUCUAAAAACCUCUGUUUGUAUAUCAGGAAAGCAGAAUUUAUGCUGUAGCCAAGUCAGGCUUACGCUUUUCUGAGGCCUUCAACAUGGACUCUUUCAAUAAAAGUAAGUGUGACAAAGCUGUAUGAGGUUUGAAAUCUUUAACAGGUACAUAUUUUUCAACUCAGUGAGACUUACCUCAGAGUAAACAGGAGGUUUACUCUGCUUAUUUGCUUGCUUAUUUGUGGAAAUAAAAGUUCUCAAAAGAGUACAAAUGUUUUGCUUCUUUACGUAUAUAUAUUAAGUUAUAUAUCUGAUCAAGCAUGCUUCUUAUAUUCAUGACCAUUUACAUUACUUUUUACUAGCUUUUAAAAUUUAAAAUUAAAAUUUCCUUUUCUUCAUUCUAUUUAAAAAUAUUAACAUAUCAAAAAUGUAUAAAUUUCAUAGAAUGCAUUUUGUCCUCAUGUUCUUUUACCUUCUUAGAACUUGUACAUCUGUAUCUGACAGUCUGGUUUUUUAAAAAAAUAUAAUUUUUAAUUAAUUUUCCAACACAAUUGUACAUGUUUAUCCAAAUUUUAACAAAUUAUUCUUUUUGGACUUCCUUCAGCUUCUCUGGUAAUCAUCCGUAAUUACUCUUCAAUACGCAUUCCCUUCAUUGUAUUGCCAUUUGUCUUCCCUACCCUUUCUAUUUCUUUUUAACAAUACAUCUUAAACUUUUACAGUGCUUCUUGAAACCCCACUAGCGUUGUUUGCACAUCACAUACAUUUUUCAGAUAAUCUACAAACAUUCCCCAAUCUUCGAUGAACUUUUGGUUUCGAAUAUAUCUUAUUUUCCCAGUCAAUUUAUCCAGUUCCGCAUAGUCCAUCAAUUUCAUUCUCCAUUCUUGUAUCGUCGGUAUUUCCUCUUGUUUCCAUUUCUGGGCCAAUAAAAUUCUUGCUGCUGUAACUGCAUACUGGAAAAGUUUACAGUCUUUUCUUCUUAUUUCUUUUCCUGUAAUCCCUAACAGGAAAACUUCUGGUUUCUUAACAAAGGUAUAUUUUAACAUCUUUUUCCAUUCAUUAUAUAUCGCUUCCCAGAAACUCUUCACUUUCUUACAUUCCCACCACAUAUGAUAAAACGUUCCCUCUUUUUCUUUACAUUUCCAACACUUAUUACACGUUUUGUACAUUUUUGCAAGUUUUACCGGUGUAAUGUACCAUCUAUAAAACAUUUUCAUAACAUUUUCCUUCAACGCCAUGCAUGCAGUAAAUUUUAAAUUUUCUUUCCACAAUUUUUCCCAAUCUUCAAAUUGAAUAUUGUAUCCAAAAUCUUUUGCCCAUUGUAUCAUUACCGAUUUAACCUCUUCAUCUUUCGUACACCAUUCCAACAAUAUCUUAUACAUUUUUGACAAAAUUUUAUAUUCAUUAUGUAUUAUAUCUGUUUGGAACUUAGAAUCUUUAUCUGCAUAACCACUUUCCUUUAUAUCUUUUUUAAACAUUUCGUUUACCUGAAAAUAAUGCAACCAAUCAUACACAUAAUCUUUAACUUGUUCAUAUGGUUUUAAUUUCCAUUUUCCUCCUUCUUUAGUUACCAAUUCACCAUAUGUAGCCCAUUUUCCUCUCAUAUUAAUUUUCUUUACACACAUAACCUCCAGCGGGGAUAACCAAUGUGGAACUCUUGGUUCCAAAAGACUUUUAUACCUGUCCCAUACUUCUAUUAGCGAAUUCCUGAAAAUGUGGUUCCCAAAUCCUUUAUGAACUUUCUUCUUGUCACACCAUAGGUAAGCGUGCCAACCAAAUCUGUUAUCAAAACCUUCAAGGUCUAGUAAUUCCAUAUUUUCUAAUUUAAUCCAUUCCUUUAACCAACAUAGGCAUGCUGCUUCGUAGUAUAGUUUCAUAUCUGGCAGGGCGAAGCCUCCUCUUUCUUUCGCAUCUGUUAAUAGUUUAUAUUUUAUUCUUGGCUUCUUGCCCUGCCAGCUGUAUCUGACAGUCUGAUUAUUCGGCUAUUACUUUAUUCAAUGAAAAAUUUCCCUAAGUAAUCCAGCAUUUUCAGAAUAUAUAUAUAUAAAUUAUUUUUUAUUUCAGGUUCCACCUCUUCAGCUUCAUAUUCCUCAUCAGGACUUUACACAUCGCUAAUAUACAAGAAUGUGACUACACCAGUCUAUACCACCCUUAAAGGGGUAAGAUUUUGAUUUAAAAGUUGUAUUUAGGGGAUGAACUCUUGCGGUCUAUUUCAAAAACAUGACGUUUCAUACAUUUCAGAGCAAAAAAAAAAAAGUGCUUGAAAAGUUAUUGGUACUGCUUUGGAAUUGUUGUAGUGGGGAUCCUACAGUUAGAAUCCCAGGGUACGAUGAUUGACUAGUAAUUUUCCAGUAAUCUUUUAGAAUAUGAUGAGUGUUAAAUCGUUAAAUGAACCAGAUGUGCACCAGAUGUGAAACCUGAACAUAUCAGUAACAUUUAAAAUACAGUAGAGCCAGAAAUACCGACGGAAAGAAAGUGAAUGCGAAGUACCAAAUGUUGGAUAACAAUCUCCAAUAUUCCACUUAGCUGUGGCAGGGCUUUUAUCUUCUGGUACAUGAAGGUAGAAGCAUAAGAGGAGAGACAAAGAGCCAGCCCACCAAACAUUCCCAUACCACAAAAAUAUAUAGGGUUGCUUCUAUGGCAUACCUUAAUAAUUUGGAGUUGUGGCGCCAUUUCUCCUUUGUACUGAUUCCAUAACCUUCUAAAUUUCCUUUGUAAAUGGAAUUUUAUUUGAAUUUUAUUUUAUUUUCAUUAAAUUUAUAUUCAUUAUUAGAAAGCAACACAAAUCAGCAACAACCCUUUCUUAGAUGACUCUUCUGGGUCUGAAGAAGAAGACAGUUCCCGAUCCAGUUCACGGACAUCUGAAUCAGACUCUCGAAGCAGAAGUGGCCCAGGGAGUCCACGGGCUAUGAAACGAGGUGGGCAUAAGGCAUAUGAAUGCAGUACUUUUGAAACAGUAUAAGUGUUCUCGGGCUUCUCCUGAUAUCUCCCAAGUCAGUGAAUUUUUGGAAAGGACAAACAAGAGCUUGGAUGUGGUAAGCUCUUCCAGAGAAGCAUUAUGGAACAUGACUAUUGCAGUUCCUGUUUUUUUUAGAGAGCUGGGAACUAAAGAAGUUUUCCUGUUUCUGGAACAUCUCCAACCUUUCUAAAGGGAAAACUGUUACAGUAACAGUAAUGUUCGUACAACUCACAUUUGACACUGAUUAAGCUUUAAUAGUUUGCAUCUUCCAGGCUAACAAGGAUUGUUUGGUUGUUGGUUCAACCCUUGACAAGCAGGAAAUAUAUUAUUAUUAUCUGCUUUGCAUCCAGGGGUCUCUCUGUCUUCAAUGACCUCAGAAGGUGACUAUGCUAUUCCUCCUGAUGCCUACUCAACAGAUACAGAUUAUUCAGAACCUGAACAGAAAUUGCCUAAAACCUGCUCAUCAUCUAGUGAUAAUGGGAAAAAUGUGAGUAAUGUACAGCCUCUUUUAUUCCAGGGCCCUUGGUUCCUUAGGCUAUAUCUGCACAAGUGAUAUCCACACUUCUUAAUGCUUUCUUCCUACGUUUUUCUCUGAGGUUAAACCUGCGUAAUCUCUCAUUAUACGUGUACAUAAUAGGCUGCUUAGAGAAAGAGAGUGGACAGAGGAGCAAUCAAAAUACAAUUGAAAACGGCAGUACACUGACAAUUUAUGCCCAUUUUAAAAUUCCUGGACUUUCGAUAUUUCACCCACCCACCCACAGAUGUUUGUGAGACAAAAGAAUACAUCUGUAGGAUUGCAAAAUGCCUAGGAGUCUGAUGUAAGAUGUGGGAGGAAUGGAAAGAAAACACAAAUUAGAGAUUUGGUAGAGAUGUGUGCACAAUGAGGAACUGGAAAUAUAUGAAUUGUUCCAGUUAAAACAUAUGUAUGUGGGUUAUAUGUGUUUAAUUCAAAUUUAACUUUCUGAAGCAAAAGAUAAGCACUUACAAUUUAGUUUUUAUAAGUUAUAAAGAGUCAUCAAGAGGAGAAGCGGGAGAAGGAUGAAACUGAUAGAUUAGGAGAUGAGUGGCAAAGAGUAGAGAGGAGAUGUGGCAGUGCUUAUGCUAGCAGGCUAUAUUACCAAGAUGUUGAUGGGUUCUUUCUUACGGACAAUGAAGCUUUUCCAUGCAUUUGGCUUAUUAACUCACACCAGUAAGACUUGCAGAUCAAUCAAGUUUUACACUUCUACAUUACAACUAGUUGUACAGUGGUGCCUCGCAAGACGAAAUUAAUCCGUUCCGCGAGUCUCUUCGUCUUGCGGUUUUUUCGUCUUGCGAAGCACGGCUAUUAGCGGCUUAGCGGCUAUUAACGGCUUAGCGGCUAUUAACGGCUUAGCGGCUUUAAGAAAAAGGAAACAAACUCGCAAGAACUCACAAGACGUUUCGUCUUGCGAAGCAAGCCCAUAGGGAAAUUCGUCUUGCGGAACGACUCAAAAAACGGAAAACUCUUUCGUCUAGCGAGUUUUUCGUCUUGCGAGGCAUUCGUCUUGCGGGGCACCACUGUAUAGCUAAGGGAAAUAAAAUAAAUCAUAAUUACCCUUCAACACAUUAAAAAUACCUUUUAAAUUAUAGGAGCCAUUGGAAAAAUCAGGAUAUUUGUUAAAAAUGGGUGGUAAAGUAAAGACUUGGAAACGACGGUGGUUUGUACUCAAAGGAGGUGAAUUGCUGUACUACAAAUCUCCGGUAAGCAAGUGCUUUAUUGUAUUGUGCUUAUAGUAUUAUGAGUUUGAAUGCAUCAAAUGCUGCAAAUCAACCUACCAUUGGGCAUCUAUCGGUUGGUUGCGGACCUUAUGACAGAAUAGCAAUGUCAAUUGAUCACUGGGGAUCUCUCUUCAAAAGGGAGGGAAAGAGGAACAUGUAGCAAGUUUAAAUUUGGAGACUUCCCCUUGUGUUACCCAUCUGAUCUAAGUAAGCCAGCUUUAGCCGUUUUGGGAAGGACACAGAAGUCCACCACAUCCUCAGUUUUAGUGUGUGCUUCCAAGAGACCUAGAGUGCAUUAGGAGCCUGGCCAUAGCCACAGCCUGCCUGGGGACAGCUCAUAUGCCACUAUUGUAAUUGCUCCUGUUGGGCCUUCCUGUGUUGACAGUGGCAGAGGUUUUCAACCUUUAUGAGUCCACAGCUCCCUUGACCAACUACAUUCUUUCUGCAAAACACCUGUGGGGCUCAGAAGCCCAGUUGUAUCACCCUUUGCCUGCAGAGCUGGCAGCAUCUCACCCUUUUUCGAACACUUUCCCUUGCGGAGUGUUUCCUCAGCCUCUUUUCCUUGAGAGUCCUCCAGGCAGCCGCUGCUGCCGCCCCUGGUCUCUGAGCUGCCCCCUGCCCCAAAGAGAGGUGCCACUGCCCUACAGGGACCUGGGACUUGUCUGUCCUUUCCCAACAGCAAGGGCUGGCAGAGUAGUUGGCUGGGCUCCCUUGCCCGCUUGCGUACUCCGAGGCAACCUCAGCUCCUGGCAACCAGCACCCCCUGACCAGCCCCAGAGCAUCAUUCGUGUGCUGAGCUUGUAGCCAGGGUUGCUGCAACAAACAGCUGUGCAAGCCUUUGGGAGGCAGAUAUGCAAGAAGGCAUCAGAGGAGGGAGGAGAGGAAAGGGGGACAGAAGCCAUGGUGCACUGGUUGAAAACCACUAGACUAUGGUUAUCUUUAUGGGAACGAACCUAGGUGAUUCUUUCAUUCAUGUGCUUCCUAUUCCCUCUACUUUCUUGUUACUUCCAAACCCUAAACUGUGGUUAACCUAUGUUCUCUUGAAACAAGCCAGCUUUAUAAGUCAAUAUUUGAAUUUGGUUUCAGUAAACCACAGUUUGUCCAAAGUUGCAAAGAACAGGGCAAAAGCUUCCAGUCUCCUCUUUGCACAAGAUCUGCUGUCUCCAAGGUUUUGGCCCUACCCAGUGACAGCAGAGAACAAACAUGGGGCCGUUUUGCCCAAAGCUAUGCAUGCCCCUUCCCCUACUGACCAGACAUUUCUGAGCUAUGGCCUUUCCCUGAUGACCUGAAAGUUUCUGUUCUCCUUGAAAAGACUAUUUCAAAAGGAGAUUCCAGUGUACAACUGAUGCAUUAGAACUUGUCAAGAAAUUUGAUUCUGUCUGUUUGGGCCUUCAUUACAUAUCUUUAGGCACUGGCAAAAAUGUUUCUCUAUAACUAGAUAUUUGGCUGAUUAAACAAUUUAUGGCCUUUUAAAUGUGUGGGAGGGGGGGCUAUUGCAUUGUUCUUGUUCGUGUUUUAUUAUGCAUUUUGUGUUCUCAUUUUGCAUUUUUGUUAUGAAAUGCCCAGUGUUCUUCGGAUGAAGAGUGGUAUACAGAUUUAAAUAAUACAGUGGUGCCUCGCAAGACGAAAUUAAUCCGUUCCGCGAGUGUCUUCGUCUAGCGGUUUUUUCGUCUUGAGAAGCAACCCUAUUAGCGGAUUAGCACUAUUAGUGGUUUAGCGGCUAUUAAAGGCUUAUCGGCUUAGCGGAUUAGCUGCUAAAAGGCUAUUAGCGGCUUAGAAAAAAGGGGGGGGAGCGAAAAAAAAUCUCAAGACUCGCAAGACAUUUUCGUCUUGCGAAGCAAGCCCAUAGGGAAAUUCGUCCUGCGAAGCAACUCAAAAACGGAAAACCCUUUCGUCUAGCGGGUUUUCCGUCUUGCGAGGCAUUUGUCUUGCGGGGCACCACUGUAAUAAUUAUUAAUAAUAAUAGUUAGAUAGGCACAUUAUUUAUUUGUAUGUUUAGUAAAUUUGUCAGUCACUUUACCUUGCCUAGGGCAUGUCUGUUAGGCACAUCUUCUGGGGAGGAAUUCUGUCCACCCCAAAAUCCUUAGAUGGCCCAUGACACAUUCAUUUUGAAUGCAAGCAUUCUUUAACAAAUCAAAUAUGCACUCCUAUCAGCGGCGUAGCGUGGGUUGUCAGCACCCGGGGCAAGGCAAGUAAUUUGCGCCCCCUAACCCGGGGCAAGGCAAGUAAUUUGCGCCCCCUAACCCCUAACCUGCCGCCGCUGCCAGCUUCUUCUUGCUGCUGCCUGGGCUGGUCUGGUGUGGUGCUCUCCGCGCCCAGCGCUGCGCUGGGCGGCCGCUGCACUGUCCCUCCCCCAGAUAGUCCCUCGCUCUCUCUCCGCACCGCACGCCUGGCUCCCACUCCCUCCACAGUGGGCGGCGACCCAGCGGCUCGGAUCGGAUUCGCACAGCCAGCACUGCAGUGAGAGAGAGUGAGUGAGCCAGGUAGGGGCAGAGAGCUGCGAGUGCGAGCGCGCCCCCCCAGAUGUUGCGCCCGGUGCGGCCGGCCCCCCCUGCACCCCCCAUGCUACGCCACUGACUCCUAUCAAAAAUGUCCAGAGAGAUGGGCACAGUCUAUUCAGAAUUAGACUGCUUCAAUAAUAAUAAUAUGACCCAAGUUCCAAUAGCUACUGCUACUUCCUGUUCUCUUCAGCAGACAAGGGCUAGACGUAGUCAUCAGACUCACACACACAUCUAGAGGUGUGUCUGUUCUUCCUGACCCAAUAGCUAAAUCCAGAGCAGAUUCUGUACCUUCUUCAUUACAGAAUGUGGUCAAAUCAGGGCAUUCCACUGCACAACAUGCAUUUGGUGGCAUAUGCUAAUCAAUGUUAUGUUUUAGACAACUCAUCAUGGAACAGCUGAAAGUUCCCAGACAUAAAUUGUCCUGUGGCUAGAUUAGUAUCCCACCCUCUGCAUCCAAAGAACGGGGAUGCUCAAUUUGAGACCCCACAGAACACAAGUUCCAUCUGGAGCUAAAGCAUAUUCAUAAGUGAAAUGCGUUUCAUGUGUGGUUUCUAGAUUCAGGUAGAUUCUGUUUUCAAUAGACAUCUUGUUGUGGCUGGAAGAUUUCUAGAUGAGCCACAACAAGAAUUAGAAUAACGUAAGAUGCUGACAUUCUUGCAGAACAUUUCUGAAAAUUUCCAGGGCAACAGCAUUUGUAGCUGAUGCCACAAUGAGUUCUCAGCCAGGCUCUGGCUGUGCCAUUGGGAGAUAUACAGUACGUUGCUUCACAGCUUGUCUUCUUAGCCCUUUGUUGGAGGAAAACCUUUUGGUGAGGAGGCAUUGAAGUAGACAAGAAGGCCAUGCUUUCAGUGAAGAAAGAGGGAAGCUGGUCCUUUUGAUGUUUCUUCCAUCCCUAGCAGUCCUUUCAUCCCAUCAGAUCAAUUGAAAGAGAGGAAAAUCAUCAGUCUCAUUUUUCUCAUUUUUUUUUCUCCUACAGAGUGAUGUAAUACGUAAACCCCAAGGUCAGAUUGAACUAAAUGCAUCCAGCCGUAUUGUAAGAGGUGAUGGAAAGCAAACAGUUCAGGUACUUCAUUAACUUUCUAUAAUGAAAGAAUUUGGCCUUCUCUGACCACACAGGCAGAGGGACAAACCCCUUCUUAGUGACAUUUUACUGGUCUUGCACAAUGAAUUUUCAGUGGCACUCAGAGCACUUCCACUCAGCCGUUUAUUGACUAGGUGCUGCUCAUGCAUAGAAGAUUUUUUGCAGCUUCUACAUAAUGUCAUCCUCAUCAGAAUACCACCCCAUUCUCUCCUCCUCAUUAAAUCCAGAUUUACUGUUUUUCCAUGAAAAUAGUAAAUCCAGAUUAAAAAGGGAAAUAAUAUGGGAUGGUAUUUUAAUGAAGACAAAGUUGUGUAGCCAUUGAGGAAACUCGCAGGCAUGUAGAAUCAUAGAAUCAUAGAGUUGGAAGAGACCACAAGGGCCGUCGAGUCCAACCCCCUGCCAAGCAGGAAACACCAUCAGAGUACUCCUGCCAUAUGGUUGUCAAGCCUCUGCUUAAAGACCUCCAAAGAAGGAGACUCCACCACACUCCUUGGCAGCAAAUUCCACUGUCGAACAGCUCAUACUGUCAGGAAGUUCUUCCUAAUGUUUAGGUGGAAUCUUCUUUCUUGUAGUUUGGAUCCAUUGCUCCGUGUCCACUUCUCUGGAGCAGCAGAAAACAACCUUUCUCCCUCCUCUAUGUGACAUCCUUUUAUAUAUUUGAACAUGGCUAUCAUAUCACCCCUUAACCUCCUCUUCUCCAGGCUAAACAUGCCCAGCUCCCUUAGCCGUUCCUCAUAAGGCAUUGUUUCCAGGCCUUUGACCAUUUUGGUUGCCCUCCUCUGGACACGUUCCAGUUUGUCAGUGAAGCACUGAGUCCACAGAUAACUGCUCCAGGUAUCUCCAGAAGUGAAUUAGGAAACUUCUGUUGGGGUAAAGCAUCAAGUAGAAAUUUUGAAGGAACUUAAAAAAACUUCUGAUAAGAUUUACAACAUUUUUCAGGAGGCUUUGAUAUGCCUGGAAUGGAAACUGAAUGAUCCUUUAAGAAUUUACUCUGAGAAUUUUUAAAUAUCUGUUGAUGACUUGUAAAGAAAUAUUUGUUCAAUUAAAAUACUUAAUAGCCUCCCCUCUUUCCAGUAUAACUAGGUUAACUUCAAACUCUAUUUAUUACAUACUUGAUGUUUAAAUGUAGGUACCAGUAGAAUGUGGUUAGGAUGAGUUGUAUUACCACAGUUCAAGGUUAUUUCUUCCAUCACUUUGCAGCUGACUACUGAAAAACGAACCUAUUACUUGACUGCAGAUUCCCCAAACAUAUUAGAAGAAUGGAUCAAAGUUCUGCAGAAUGUUCUUAAAGUACAGGCUGCAAGUCCACUUUUCAUUCAACCAGAUGUCAAACCUGCCAUGAAAGGCUUGCUUACCAAGGUAGAAAUCCUUUUUCUCCGGUACUAUCAGCUUUGUUUUUGUAAAUUAGCAAAUUCUUAGCAGAUAGAAUUAAGAGAUGAAGGUGAAUUUCAGAAAUAGGAGUUUGGGCAUAUAGCAACUCCCCAAUUCACAGCCCAAACCUUUUCUAAAUUUGAGUACAAUGGGUUAGCCACUGCUGGUCAGUACCCUCCAAACAACCUUACUUUUGCAAGGGGUGGAGGUCUGAUGGUGGAGAGGGCUUGUUGGGGACAGUAAAGGCUUUGUCGAUUUAUUCUUAUACUUGGAAACUCGUGAGCAUGCUCAGAAGCGUUAUUUCCUGCAAAGGUACGUGGGGCUUCCAAUUUCCUGUCUCCUGGCCCAGUUCAUUGAAUUGGAAGCCAAAAGAAAUUAAAAUAUUUUUGCACAACCUGUUAACUUGAGGUUAAAGUUUGCUUGGGCAAGGACAGCUGGGAGCUUUCUUCUCAAGGCUGGAUUUUUGUUCUUCCCUGGAAAAGCUCACCACGUUCCUGGGCUUUUUCUGAGAAUUCCCAGGGGCAAACUAGAUGUGACAUGAAAUGCCUCUUUGCGUUCAACUUUUAAAAAAUACAGAUAAUAUAAGCUUGAGGAACUGGCAGUUGUGAUCAGAGCAGGCAUGAAGGGGCAAUUUAAUCAUUUUCUCUCCACUGCAAUCAUCUGGAUCUGGUAUUUGCUUUGUGGAGAAACCAUUCCAACAUUUCUAUCAUUGAAAAUGGUCCCUUGUGUAUUUAAAAUAAAGUAAAGGAAUCUUUAGGUUCAUACUCAGUACAUACUAGGCAUUCUUCAAUUUAUUCACUUGCAGGUAAAACAUGGAUAUUCCAAGAGAGUGUGGUGUAUGCUGGUUGGAAAAACUUUGUAUUAUUUCCGCAGCCAAGAAGACAAGGUAUGUCUUUUUAACCUAUUAAGGUAUUAGAAUUCAUUUCUACUUGUGCCUUCAAGGUCGGAAGUCCUAGGUCAUUUCUUAGUUCUCUUGAGACUGUGUGAGUAGGUACAAAGGGGUAAUUUCACAAAUUCAGCAUUUAUUAUCGGAAAACAAAACUUGAACCUGUAAUUCUGGAUGAAGGAAACAUUUGUAGGUAGGAAAUGUGUGUAUAUUUUUGCUAGGACGGUGGCAACAAGAAUGCUAAACCGGGUGUAUCCCCUACAUGCACAUAUACACACACAACCUAGUAUGAUGUUUGUCGGUUUUUGUACCAGUAUGCUUUUCUCAUUUACCUUACCUGAUGUCUUUGCUUCUAGUUUCCUUUAGGCCAGAUAAAACUUUGGGAGGCUAAAGUUGAAGAAGUUGACCGGUCCUGUGAUUCAGAUGAAGAUUAUGAGGCCAGUGGCCGUAGCCUAUUAUCAACACACUAUACAAUUGUCAUCCACCCUAAAGAACAAGGUCCCACUUACCUUCUUAUAGGAUCCAAGCAUGAGAAGGUAGCAAAUGAUUUAUAAUAUGUCUGUAGUCAAUGUUUAAUAGUGAACAUAGAAUAAUGUAUAUCAAAGGGAAAAGUAAGUGGCACUAUGCUGAUUCAGAUGUAAUGCUAAACCAUAAUUGAGUGUUACAAGGAGGAGCUGAAGUGAGCCUCAGGCUUCUUUAGUUCCCCUUUAUCCUCAGAAGCUGAGGGUGUGUGUGGAAUAUUGACAUCUUUCAAUUUAAGUAUUUAUUGUAUGGUCUGUAGAUUGCUAUACAGCUAUAUGGUAUUCAUCAUGUGGGUGUGUAUGCUGGAAGCAAAGCAAAUUGAAUAAUUUUAGUAAUAUUUUGAUUACGUUGGGGUGUAGAAUGGGUCUUUAUACUUAACAAAAAUGGUUUUUUAAAUACAAAAUGUGGUAUUCUACUAAAUUAUACUCAGAGUAAACCUACUGCAUUAAUUUCAGUGGGCCUCUUCUCAAUAAAACUUUGUUGAAUACCACCCAAACUUAAGUUUGGGAGUAGAUUGAUCUACAAGGGUGUGCUUUUUGCUUAUAUCAGACUGUUCUAGUUAAUUAAUAAAUAAAAGCUAAAACUAAUUUAUAAAAUGUUUUAUUUGCUAGGACACUUGGCUCUAUCACUUGACAGUUGCUGCUGGAAGCACAAAUAUAAAUGUUGGGACAGAGUUUGAACAGCUUGUCUGCAAGUUGUUAAAUAUUGAAGGUGAACCCAGUAAGUCAAUUUCCUUUAUUGCAAACUAGUUCUUAUUAUAUGACUAUAUAGUUGUUCCAAACUUGGCACAUAAGAAAAUAAGCUAUUAUUCCAGACUGGAAAUACAAUGCCACCUUGUAGUUUUCAAAAAGCUCAUAUAGGACUUUUUCUCCAAGUAGAAGGGGCUGCCCCAGCAGUCCUUGUCUAUUGCAUGAGGUUGCAUGUUCGAAUCCUGUAUGGGGCAGCUGCAUAUUCCUGCAUUGCAGGGAGUGGACUAGACAAUCCUCAGGAUCCCUUCCAACUCUACAAUUCUAUAAUUCUAUGAGUUGGGCAACCUGUGGCUCUCAGCCUAAUUUCACGCAGAUGGGGGAGCCCAGAGGGAGAGAAGAGCAGGAGGGGAGGAACGCUGAAAAUGGAGGAGAUGGGGUAACAAACCCUCUCCAAGAAGUCUGUCUUUUCCCUAGCAACCUGCUGGACAAAGAAGGGAGGAGGGAGAAAAUGGGUAGCAGACAGAGAGAAAAGGGGUGGCCUCAGCCACUGCUAGCAUGAAUCCCCCCUAAAAUAAGUUCCCCAGCCCUGGUUAAGGGGAAGUCAGGUGCAAUGGACCAGUUCUUCAAACUGAAAACCUGGUAUAUGUAGAAUGUUUUCAACUUGUUUCAUUUGAUUUGCACAUAUACCUAUUUGAUUUUAUUAAAAAUAUCUCUUCAACGUGCCUGUCAUAGUUAGACUUGAUAGAAAAUCUUUGUCUCAAUUAAGCCAUCAAAGCUUUAAACUCUUGACACUGUCAGUAGCACUGUGAUUUUACUAGACAGGAGUGGUGUAGCAGGGGCCUAUUAACAUUUUACAAAAAUACAGUGAUAUUUCUGCCCCCUAGAAGUUUGAAACAGUACACACUGAAGCCUCCUACGUAGGAUUUCAAAUCAUCAUGUACAUCAUUUGGGGGUUUGCCCAUUCAAAAAUAAAAUAACAUUUAGGAAGCAUUGUUGCUACUUUUUUCAAAUAGUGUUUUUAAAAUGGUUGCAUAAUGCUUUGAGGAAAGAGCACAGGGGGAAAUGUAGAUUUAGUAAAAGCAUAUGUGGUAUUAUGCUGGACUAUUUGUACAAAUAUUUGUACACACACAUCUUGCCUUAUGUGAAAUAGUUCCUUUUUCCAAGAUGAUGAUGAUGAUGAUGAAUCGUUUUGUUUAUAUAACUCCCUUCCUCUCAAUGGAGCCCAGGGUGGUGAACAAAACAAUAAAAAGUAUGUCACUUGUACAUUAUAAUUUUAAUACAUUUUUAAACAGCAUAGCUAUAAUAAUAUACAGCUGGACAGUAAUACUGUUAAGACCCAGUACAUGUUUCAAAAGCAUAGGCAGACAAAUACGUUUGUAGUAGAGAACUGAAACUUAACUGCAUAGGGGGACAAUUGCAUUUUCCCAGCAAAGGAAUUUCAUAGUUGGGUGCUGCCACAGAGAAGGCCCUGUCUCAAGUAACCAUACCAUGGGCCAUGCCCUUGGAUGAGCUCAUGAGCCAGGCCUCUCUAUCUCUUCUCAAAGAUGGGUUAGUCAGGCACUCCUUUAAAUUUGUAUGUAUGUCUUAACUUUUUUGUAGAGCAGAGUUGGGGAACCUCAGUCCUGGAGGUUGAAUGUGGCCCAGCAGGCCUUGUAAUAUAUCUUGAUUUCAGUAAAGCUUUUGACAAAGUCCCCCAUGAUAUUCUUGUGAGGAACCUAGUAAAAUGUGGGGUGAAUGGGGUAACUGUUGGGUUCGGUCAGUCAACCAGCUACAAAUCCACCUAUCAGCUUGUCAACUUCAUGUUAGGUCUCUCUUAAGAAACUGCAAAAGACUAGUUCUAAAUAAUAAUGUUAUUACUUUAAAUAGAUAACUGUGUCUCUUUUUGUGUCCCAGCUUCCCAGAUCUGGAGGCACCCUGCACUUUGUCACAGCAAAGAUGGGAUUACUUCUCCUCUUACAACCCUCCCAUCUGAAGCAUUGCAAACAGAAGCUUUAAAAUUAUUUAAGGUAAAAAAAAGCAACCUUUUCAGUGGUUGGGAAUGAUUUUAUUCUUUUAGUAUAUUUUAUUUGAAAUGGUAUAGAAUGCAUAUUAUAGUGCAGCAUUUUACAUGACUGCUCAGACAGUAAGUCCCAGGAGUUCAAUGGGACUUCUAGGCAAAUGAGGCAUUAUGAAGAUAAACACCUAAAAACAUUUAAUAGGGAGUAAGCCUGAUUAGAAGCAGCAUCACUUCUGAGUAAACUUACUUCUGAGUAAACACACAUAGGAUUGUGAAUUUGAAUAUUGACUUUCAAAAACCAGCCUUGCAGAAAUGCCUAAAUGUGCCCAGACAUUGGCUUUGAUAGUUUUCUAUAGGGAAGGUGCUCCAGAAUUAUGAAGGAAGUGCCAACUUAGCAGUUCGAAAGCACAUCAAAGUGCAAGUAAAUAAAUAGAUACCGCUCCAGCGGGAAGGUAAAUGGUGUUUCCGUGCGCUGCUCUGGAUCGCCAGAAGCGGCUUAGUCAUGCUGGCCACAUGACCCAGAAGCUGUAUGCCGGCUCCCUCGGUCAAUAAAGCGAGAUGAGCGCCGCAACCCCAGAGUCGGUCACAACUGGACCUAAUGGUCAGGGGUCCCUUUACCUUUACCUUUACUCUCUCGUAGCAGUGUAUGUGUGUUUCUUUGACUCACUUGCUACACUUAUGAACCACCUUGCUUCCAAAGUGCCAAAGACAGUUUACAAUUUCAAAUAAUGGCUGAGAGUGAGGAAGAGGGAAAUAUGCAAAUUCAUAAUACAGCUCUUUCAUGAUGUUAUAUAAAUAAAUUACACAAUAGAACUGGGGAGGUGGUUUGUGAAGGAAACAUUUAUGGGAGAGAGCAUGGCUCAGUGGUAAAGCAGAGCAUAUGCUUUGCAUGCAGAAGGUUCUAAAUUCAGUCCCUAGCAUUGCCUCUUAAAAGAUCAGACAGCAGGGCAUGUGAAAGACCUUUGCCUAAGACCAUAGAAGGCCAUAGUCACUCAGAGUAGACAGCACUGGGCUAAGUGAACAAAUAGUCUAAUCUGGUACAAGGCGGCUUCAUACAUUCUGAUAAUUCUGGGAAGGGAGGAGCCAGCUAGCAGUUGGUUCCAUAGAACUGAUUGCCCUUCUCCAAAUUACUAUAUCUGUACAUCAGCCACCUAUUGUCAAUGAAGACAAAGUUCUUUCAAGUUUAAACUGGGGUUUUUUAAUACCCUUGUAAUUCAGUUUAAGUUGAUAUGCAACCCCCCCCCAAUUAGAUUUAAUUAAAUUUAAAAUGCAAAAUGGAAAUUAUUUUUUUUCCUGUUCUCUGUUGCAGACUUGCCAGUUGUUUAUAAAUGCUGCCGUGGACUCUCCUGCCAUUGACUACCAUGUAUCUUUGGCCCAAAGUGCUUUACAAGUCUGUCUCACACAUCCCGAGCUUCAAAAUGAAAUCUGUUGCCAGUUGGUUAAGCAGACAAGAAGGCGGCAGCCCCCAAAUCAAAUGGGACCAGUGCAGGUACUGAACACUUUUACACCUGUCCUGAGGGAUUGACUUUGAUGAGUUUGUACCAAAACUUCUUGGUUACAGUGUGCAGGUGGAGGAUGAUCCAGAAGAUUGCAACAUGGGUGGUCUCUGUACAAGGCGGGUGGCAGAAAAGGAAGGGGAAGGGCAUGGAAUGCAAAAUGGGCAGCAGAAUAAGAGAGACGAGUGCAUCUUCUUUGGCCUACGUUCCUGGUUGUUCAAUGUCCACUAUAUUCAUAAGCCUUCCUUUGCUUGGAGGCAGUUUAAUUCUGAAAGAAACUUCAGAUUAUGAUGCUGAUCUUUCUCCUUGCCCAGGCCUGGCAGCUUUUAGCACUCUGCAUUGGACUCUUCCUUCCACAGCACCCAUUCCUUUGGCUCAUCAAACUUCACUUGAAGAAGAAUGCAGAUUCCAGGUAUACCUUCCAGGAAAAUCAGACCAUCAAAGGCUAAAUGAUUGCCUUCUGUUAUGAACGAGUAUAAUUUAAUGGCCAUAGAAAUGCAGCACUGUUGCUUCAACAGAUGUUAAUUCUUUUUCAUGUUAAUUAUUGACAUUGCUCCAUUGGUAUUGGUGUUAAUUUACAUGUUUCAUGUUAGUUCCCUGCCCAAGUAAUAUAAAGCCUUUGGUUUGCCCAUUUAUAAAGUGGUAACUCCACUGAAUAUUGAAAUGGGAUCAUUGGCAUUACACUAUCAUUCUGUUUUUCAAGUUUUUCAACUUUGGAAACUGUGAUAUUGGAAUAAAAGUUAGUAGAUACACAUGCAUUUUACCUGAUCCCUCACACCUAUGUUAAAGAAGACCAGGAAAAUAUGAAAAUACAUUAUAAUAUUAUCUCACUCAAAAACUCAGUUGUUGGUGUGCAUAUUCACAACAUCAUCCUACGUUUCACGUUUGGAUCCCAACUCAUAUAACCAUUCUUGGUUUGGGAUGGGAAGAAAGAAGCAGAAUAGAUUGCCACGUUAUUUGUUAAAAACAUUCUUGAACAUAUUGCUUAACCGUUAUCUGUUAAAAUAAUCUGUUGAAAUCCCUGCUGUUUUCAGUUUGUUAUGAAGCCGUGUUUUGUGUUCACAGAACUGAAUUUGGAAAAUACGCAAUUUACUGUCAACGCUGUGUAGAAAGGACACAACAGAAUGGUGACAGGGAAGCCAGACCAUCAAGAAUGGAAAUUCUUUCUACACUUCUAAGAAAUCCCUACCAUCAUUCCUUACCUUUUAGUAUUCCAGUGCAUUUCAUGAAUGGCAUAUACCAGGUAGGUGUGAACCGUAAAAUGAUGGGAGUAUUGGUUGUGCUGUCAGAAAUAUUUUAAAAUGCUGUGGCUCUACUUUCUUCCUCGUCAGCAAACAGAUUGAUAGUUUUUAUCCAUUGGAUAAAUCGUUUGUGCUUUUCUUUUAAAAAUGUAUGGUUUGGCUCUGAAACUUCCCUUCCACAGGAUACAUUCUGUAAAUGGAAGAGCAUCUUUGGAUACAACCCUCUGUAUGUACCAAGAUUUUCACCACGGCACUUGUUUCUUCAAUAUCUAAGCUUUGUGAGAACUUAUUUCACUUUUAUGUUUCACUUGUUUUGUCUAGGUUGUUGGCUUUGAUGCUUCUACCACAGUGGAAGAAUUUCUAAACACACUCAAUCAAGACACAGGAAUGAGAAAACCAGCCCAGUCGGGUUUUGCUUUGUUUACUGAUGAUCCUUCUGGCAAAGAUGUAGAACACUGUCUUCAAGGAAACAUCAAGGUAAACAAUCCCUUUAAUGAGCUCACAGUCAAAAUUACCUUUGACUUGCAAAAGAAAACAUUUUCCUUAUUUAAGUGUGUUUCAUUUUUCUUGGCGCACAUUGACUGGGGGGAAGCAAACAAAUGCUUGAUUGUUUUAAGCACAAAUGGUAGUUUUAGAAAGAUAGCUGUGGGAAGACAGGGGGAACUUGAAAAGGAUUUAUGGGAAUAUUUUUGGUGACUCUGUGAUACAUGGGAAUGGUGUUAUAACAGUUUCCCAUAUGGGUUUGUGUUGUAUUGCUAAACAGGAAAUGGGGAAAGUUCUACACCACUAUCCACACAGAGGACACUCUGUUGAUGUCAAUAUUUUCCACAAAUAUUUAACACAAAUUUAUGGGGUAAGCCCUACAGCAGCUGUAUGGCAUACUUGUCAUGCACAAUGUUUUCCAUUAUCAUGAUAACAAAAUGGUCAUAAGUCACAUUGAUUUCAGUGAUAGCUCCAGGUCAGUUGUCUCUAGGCUUUCUAGGGACCUGUGUGUGUUUACUCAUAUCCCACUAAGUUCAAUGGGGUUCACCCCCAGAAAAGUUUGCAUAGAAUUACAACUUAAGUCUUUUAGUGAUUAUUGCUGUAAAAUCAGUACUAACUAAAGUGUACAAAUUCUGUUUGGGCAUAUUUUGCCAUAACUCUGUUCUGCCUUGUGGUUUUCCUUGUAGAUCUGUGACAUUAUUUCUCGAUGGGAACAGGCAUCUAAAGAGCAGCAGCCUGGGAAAUGUGAAGGCACAAGAACAGUGAGACUGACUUACAAAAACAGGUAUGUAAUACAAACGUGUUCCUAGGAGUCAUUGCUCUUAGAUAUAUUUAUAGUCUAUUUGCAGCCAGAGAUGAGCUCCCAUAACUGAAUUCAGUGCCAGGUCUCAAGAAGUCAUCUGUGAAAUAAUAGUUUAAUAAGACGUUAAGCCCAUGAGCCAGGAAUGGGGAACCUGUGGCCAUCCAGAUUAUAAUGGGCCAAUUCCUAUCAAGGUACAGAUGUUUCAGCAGGGUUAUUGUCAAUUUAGCAUUAAAGAGGAUGUUAAUUUCAUUGGCCUACAGGAAUGAAGUCUGUUUAAAGCUGGUAAUUAUUAGUUCUUCAGGUAUUUAUACAGAGCAUCAUUAGCUUUCACAUUAUCUGACCGUUGAAUACCACAAUUUCAAGUCCUUACUAGAACUGAUUGUGAAUUUUAUUUAUUCAUAAAAAUACACUGCUUAAUUGUAAAAAACCCUUAAAGCGGUUUACAAAAAGAUAAAAUAAUAAAAUUGGAGAAAAAAUCACCAUACUUUAAAACAUACAAAAAUUAAAAUAUUAAAACAGAUUAAAAUUACCUCCACUUUCUAAGCAUCUGGGUAAAAGGUAAAGGGACCCCUGACAGUUAAGUCCAGUCGCAGACGUCUCUGGGGUUGCGGCGCUUAUCUCGCUUUACAGGCCAAGGGAGCUGGCGUUUGUCCGCAGACAGUUUUUCCGGGUCAUGUGGCCAGCGUGACUAAGCCGCUUCUAGUGCAACGGAACACCGACACCAGAGCAGAGCACGGAAACGCUGUUUACCUUCCUGCCAGAGCGGUACCUAUUAAUCUACUUGCACUUUUUGGGUGUGCUUUCGAACUGCUAGGUUGGCAGGAGCUGGGACUGAGCAACAGGAGCUCACCCCGUCGCGGAGAUUCAACAACAAACCUUUUGAUUGACAAGCCCAAGGCUCAGUGGUUUAGACCACAGCGCCACCCACGUCCCAAGCAUCUGGGUAGGCUUGUCUAAACAAGAAUGUUUUUAAGCAGGUGUGAAAAAGAGUACAGUGAAGGCGCCUGCUUGAUAUCAAUAGGCAGGGAGUUCCAAAGUACAGGUGCUGCUACACUACAUGAUCGAGUUCUUACACAUGCAGAAUGAGUAUUAUGUGACAUCUGUAAUACUAGUACCUUUUCACUUAGUUACUUGGGUAUACUUGUACAAUUUUCAAUUUUGUAGUUUGUCACUCUUUCUUUUUGUAGGCUGUAUUUUUCAGUUCAAAUACGUGGGGAGACAGAAAGGGAAAAGCUGCUGUUGAUGUAUCAGACAAACGAUCAAAUUGUAAAUGGGCUUUUCCCUGUAAACAAAGAGCUGGCACUAGAACUGGCAGCACUUAUGGCACAGGUAAGGAUCGUUUGUGGUUGACCAGAUUUGUAAUUUAAAAGUACCCUCCACACAUUUCUUUUGUGAUAUGAAAUAGUAGAUAAAUCUAACAAUCACAUUUUGUAUCUUGGGACUUCAGACAGCAUACAUGGAAUUAUUCUGUUUUUUAAAUUUACAACCCUGUGAGGUAGGCCAAACUUGUGUGACUGGCCCAAGGUCACCCAGUGAAUUUCCUGACUGAAUUGUAUUAGAAUCCAAGUCUGCCCAGUCAAAGUCCAACAAAGCUCACUUGCCUUGUAUAACCAAGACUGGGAAUGGGGGUGGGGGCGUGAAUUGGGAGAAGUAGAUUUGGCUGGCCUCUGCCCACCUUCAGGUACUCGGUGCAGCACCAACCAAGGUUGGCUGUCCCUGUGGUCCAUAUGACAUGCAUUCAGUUUGCCAGAAAACCCUUUUCAUCUUGGAGUGGGCGUUUUAACUGUUGUUGGGCCAGCGGGACAGAUGGUGGGGGCUGUUGGUUUACCCUAUUGCCUAAUGGUCUCCCUGACCAAGAUGUUGGACGUAAUAUUGAACAUAGUGUUGGAGAACACCAGGGUGGUGUUUCUGAGUGGCUUCAGACCAAGGUUGCUUUGACUGGUCUAGCUUUGGAUUUCAUGCCCUCCAUGGCAACCAUGGGGCUGUCACAAGUUGUCUAUCAACCAACUCAUACGGCAGGGCACAAACUGGAUUUAAUCUUCAAUUCAGGAUGAGUGGGGGGGGGGCAGGUUGAAGGAAUACCUGAAUCCUUUGCUGGCAGGGGAUGGUGGGAGUUGUAGUCCAAAAAAUUUGGAGGGUGCUAGGUUGGUGAAGACUGUGUUAGACUCUUCCGUGCAAUUUUUUUCUGUGUGUGUGCUCCAUUAAUAUUCACAGUUCAACUAUUAAAUAUGAAAUAGCUCAUAGAUUCUUGUUAUCACAGCUCAUACUGGUAUUUAUAAUUGGCAGAUACUUGAGAAUUACAUAUUAGACUGUAGGUACUGAAAUAACAUUGAAGUGCGGAAAUAUGUAUGUAAAAACAAUCUUACUUAUUUCUUUGCAUAUCUACUAGGUGGAGAUUGGGGACUUUGAACGACCUUUCUCAACUCCAACAGGGCAAAUCACUUCCCAGUCAAAAUCUAAUCAAACUUUAAAGCAAGUUGUGGAAAAGUUUUACCCCAAAAGAUAUAGGGAUGGAUGUUUAGAAGAACAAUUGAGGUAUGCUGCUAAAACAUAUUCUCGGAUUAACUGCCCUAGCCUUGUGACCUGUAAUCAUUUUCCCGGCCAUAUAUCCCUAUUCUCCAGUUAUUUAGAAAUGGUCUCCUGCCGUUACACCAUUCCUUGCCCAAACAAAAGUGCAAAUUUUACUGACAUUUAAAACUCCACCAGCAGAGAGUAGGCCUGGUCUUUGGGAAGAGAGAGAAAGGAAUGGAGCACUAUUUUCAGGUGGCCCAUUUUAUUAUUCCAUUUCUUAAGAGGCCAAUUUUAAUUUGUAGACUGAGAUAGCAAAGAGAGAUCAGAAUACUUAAUUAUCACAUGUUACAAUUUGAUUUGAAAUGCUGUUUUGCUUCUCCCUCUCCCUGCUACUUAUGACUUAAAACAUCCUUAUGCUUAAUGUCAAUAGACAGCUUUGUCAGCGACUGUCAACAAAAUGGAUGGCUCUCCGUGGUCACAGUGCUGCAGACUGUGUGCGCAUUUACCUUGCUGUUGCUCGAAAGUGGCCUUUCUUUGGUGCCAAAUUAUUUGCAGCAAAAGUAAGACUUUCCUUCUUUCUUUCUUUCAUCAAUUAUUCAGGCAGGGCCACACAGAUAAGUGUGUAUACCUGGGUCCUCCUGAUGUCUUUGGACUCCAUUUCCCAUCAGUCACAGUCAGUAUUGCCAGUGGCUAGGGAUGAUGGGAGUUGUAGUCCAUGGGGGGGGCACUAGUUCCCCACCCUAGUGGGCAGGACUGCAGCAUGACUUCAAUCCUGUAUGCAUGAUGAGACCCAUGCACCUAAUUGACCCACAUUCCUUCAUUUUAAUGAGUCUACCCUGAGUUAAACUUGUAAGUAGCAGAGAAGUUGGUGCAUGAGGCCUUCUAGAUUUGUCCCACUCCCACUUAAGACAAACCUGCUGGAUCAGUGGCCAACCAGAUGAGCACAACAGAAGUCCAUCCACCUGCAAUUCCCAGCAACCAGUAUUCAGAGCUAUGCUACCUCUGACAGUGGAGGUAAAACAAAAACGAAUUUAUGGAGGACAAGGCUAUGUGGUUUGUGGGGGGUGGGGAUUGUUCCUGGAAAUUAUAGGCCAAUUACCUUAAAGUUUAUCCUGGGAAGAUUAGUGGAAAGUAUCGUUAAAGAUAAAAUAACCAAGCAUAUAUCAUAACAAGCCUUGCUGAAAUAGAGACAGUUCAGCUUCUGCAAGGGCACGUACUGUCAAUAAGUAGAUAUAUAAAAGCAAUCCUUUUGACGAUGGUGUACUUGGACUUUCAAAACGCUUUUGACAAAGUACCUCAACAAAGGCUCCUGCAUGAACUUAGCAGUCAUGGAAUAAGAGGAGAGGUCAUCUUAUGGACCAGGAAUUCAUUAGGAAUUAUAAGAGUAGGAAUAAAUGUAUAGUUCUUCAGAUGGAAAGGAUUGGUUAUUGGGACCUAUGCUUUUAAAUGCAAUUCAUUGUUAAUUGCAAUGUUCACACAGAAAUGGAACUAUAUAAUAAUGAUAUCAUUUUUCUCUGUCACCUCAGAAAUGCAAAAAUACUUCUAUUGCUUGCCUUCAGUCGCUUCUCUUUUUCUCGUAUCUGACUAUCCUCUACCUCAGUAAUUUAAAGCAGUGCUUCAAAUAGUUCACUUUUAUUCAGUUCGUAGUUGUAGCUAAUUUCAGUAUAUCUUCUUUCUAGCCUCUGAUAAUAUCAACAUUGGAGAGUUCUUUGGUAUGGCUUGCUGUUUAUGAAGAUGGCAUAAACAUUCUUGAAUACAGCUCUAUGGUAAGGGAAGAUAGUUGAAAUGUUGGGUAAAGAAAGGAGUAAUACAAAAUCUGUGAGCCAUGUUAACCAAUACAGUCUCUCUCCAUUAAUCUUUAACAAACCUAUGUAAUGGAUUAAUAUGUCCCAUGCACUUAGAAUCUGAACUAACAGACUAAGCAGCUAACUAUUAAAGGAAUUGCUUAAAGGUUUGCAUUUUAAUAAGUUGUUGUUGUUUAGUCAUUUAGUCGUGUCCGACUCUUCGUGACCCCAUGGACCAGAGCACGCCAGGCACUUCUGUCUUCCACUGCCUCCCGCAGUUUAGUCAAAAUGUUAAGAGCAUGAUUUCACAUUAGUACUUAUUAAGUGCCAUGUGCAGUGUUUAUGUGUGGGAACUUUUGUGUCCGUACCUUACAGUGGCAUUUACCCCAAAAAGUAUUCUGAAAGGAAGGGUUCCGCUGAAGCUGCACCCUAUGAGAGGGGCUGCCGUUGGAAGAAAAUAUGUGCUAAUUUUAGUCCAUCUCUGCAUUUGUUUUUAUUUUCCCAGUAUUACUACAUGCACACGAACAGACACAAGCAUGCAUUAAUAUAUACAUGUCUUAAAAAAAAAAGGUAAAGGACCCCUGACAGUUAAGUCCAGUCGUGAACAACUCUGGGGUUUCAGCGCUCAUCUCGCUUUACUGGCCGAGGGAGCCGGUAUUUGUCUGCAGACAGUUUACCCGGGUCAUGUGGCCAGCAUGACUAAGCCGCUUCUGGCGAACCAGAGCAGCGCACGGAAACGCCAUUUACCUUCCCGCGAGAGCAGUACCUAUUUAUCUGCUUGCACUUUGACGUGCUUUUGAACUGCUAGGUUGGCAGGAGUUGGGACCGAGCAAUGGGAGCUCACCCCGUCAUGGGGAUUCAAACCACCAAUCUUCCGAUCGGCAAGCCCUAGGCUCAGUGGUUUAGACCACAGCGGCACCCGCAUCCCCAUACACAUGUCUAUAUGAAGAUAAAUAUUCUGGAUAGAAAUAGUUUGGCUAAUGAGCCAUGUGCUGGUAACCUUCGGGUGGUGUUCUACAUAGGGCUGCCUCUGAAGACUGCACAGAAGCUAUGACUGGUGCACAGUUCAGUGGGCAGGGUGCUAAACGGCAGUAUUAGCAGAACAUCUGUUACACCUGCCCUCCAAGGCAUGCACUGGUUAUCAGUUUGUUUCCAAGCUCAGUUUAAGGUGUAUGUUACUGAGCUUGGAAACAAACUGAUAACCAGUGCAUUCCUUGGAGGGCAGGUGUAAUAGAUGUUCUGCUAAUACUGCCGUUUAGCACCCUGCCCACUGAACUGUGCACCAGUCAUAGCUUCUGUGCAUCUUCUCCCAUGUACACUUGCCCAAAAUUUAAGAUCAGCAGGGGAGGCCCUGCUUGCGAUACUACCACCCUUUGAUGUGCAAGGGAUGGUGGCAGAUUGGAAUGCUUUCUCUAUGGUGCCUCCCAGAUAUGGAACUGACUUUCUUAGGAGGUGCGCCUGGCACUGUGAUGGUACUUUAUUUGCUGCUUAGUAAAGAUCUACUCUUCACCCAGGCUUUUGGGAGCACAUGAAUUAUUUUAGAUCAGAUUCUCCUCGUCGUCGUCGCCCCCCCCCCCCGCUCCACCUUCUUCACUGUAGUCAUCUUUUGUGUUUUAAUUCUGCUUUAAAGUGAUAUUUUAAUAUUGUUUUGUAUGUUUUAUUGAUUAUAUGCACCCUACCUGGGACUUUGCAGUGAAGGGUAGGUACCAGAUUUAAAUAAAUAAAUAUGAUGUAGGUUGCCAAGCUAUUGAGACUCAUUUGGAGACUAUGGAAACCAUUGUGGGUACCACACACACUCAUUGCAACCACCACUACACAGGUUAGGCUUUAAGAACAAAAUAGUCGGGGGGGUGCUUAACCACCUGCAAGAAUUAGGCAUGAAAGAAGGCAAAUUGUUGGAACCAAUGUUCUGAGUCAUUCAUUGCAGUGGGGCAGGGGGGAUUUGGGCCCACAGCUGGGAAGAGGGCGGUUUUAGCUCUCCCCUCGCCAACUGUGACCACCACCACCAACCUGCAAAAAAAAAGCAUCCCCUGUUGCAAUUAGGUUUGGAAACAAAAUACAAAACAUUCUAUUGCCUCCAGUUCAAGACUUCUUUCAAGCCCGAUUGCAGCAGAAAGUCUUUUUCAGCAGGGCGUGUCACAGUUGAAGAGAGGGCAGUUGAGCCUUCCCUUUGCAGUUAUGACCCCCACCCCACCCCACCCCACAAAAACCUCCCCCCACUAGAGUUAGGCUUGAAAGAAGCCUCUUGUUGGCUAUUGCUUCUUUUGGGCUUAAAAUGGCAAUGCAGAAGGAGUACCAAGGAGUACCAAGAAAGGUCAUAGUGGGCAUGUGUAGCCACAGUGUGCAGUGAGCCUGCCACAAAAUAGCUUAUUGGGGCAUAUAUGGUGUUGGUCAUGUAAUGGAAAGAUGUUGGCUGCAAUUCUUGCAAACUUAGUCAACCGUAAGCACACUGAACACAACCAGACUUUCUUCUGAGUAGAAAUGCAUCACGUUUAAUUCUCCACAUGCCUACAUAUGGUGCCAUCCACCAGAAUCUUUUAAAAAGACAUUUAUAAUUAUUAAUUAGCAUAUUUGCAUCCGAUUUUGUAAUGAAGAAAUGGUAUUCAAACUAUAAAAAUCUGUUUUUGCUCUUUUUCCUGCUUGCAUGAAACUUUUGUUUUUUCUUCUGUUUUUCAAGAGGUUAAUAGUGACAUAUUUAUAUAAGAACCUAAUGACAUUUGGAGGCUAUCAAGAUGACUUCAUGCUGGUGGUCAACAAUGUGCACGCACAAGAAAAGCAAACUGAAAAGUUGUUGUUUGCUAUGGCCAAACCAAAGGUUGGUAUGUUAACUGGUCCUUUGUUAUAUUGCAUAUAGAAUCAUAGAAUUGCAGAGUUGGAAGGUACCCCAAGUGUCAUCUAGUACAACCCUCUGUACAGGAGUCUUAACUAAAGCACCCGUGACAGAUGGAUUUUUAACCUCUGCUUAAAAACCUCCAAUGAAGGAGUGUCCGCAAUCUCCUGAGGGAGCCCAUUUCACUGUUGAACAGCUCUUGCUGUCAGAAAAUUCUUCCUGAUAUUUAGUCAGAAUCUCCUUUCUUGUAACUUGAAGCCAUUGGUUCGAGUCCUACCCUCCAGAGCAGGAGGAAACAAGCUUGAAGAUGGCUAUCAUAUCUCCUCUCAGUAUCCUCUUUUUCAGGCUAAACAUACUCAGCUCCUUCAAUAGUUUCUCAUAAGGCUUAGAUUCCAGACCCUUGAUCAUCUUGGUUGCCCUCCUGUGCACACACUCCUGCUUGUCAAUAUCCUUCUUAAAUUGUGGCGCCACAACUAGACACAGUAUUCCAGAUGUGGUCUGACCAAGGCAGAAUGGAGUGGUACCGUUAGUUCCCUUGAUCUACACUUCUGUUGAUGCAGCCCAGAAUAGCAUUGGCUUUUCUUUUUGGUGCUGCUGCAUCACGCUGUUGACUUAGGUUAAACUUGUGGUCCACUAAGACCCCUAGAUCCUUUUCACGUGUACUACUAAUAAGCCAGGUGUUCCCCAUCUUAUAUUUGUACAGCUUCCUACCUAACAUUUCUCACUGUUGACAUUCAUAUCAUUAGUUUGGAAAUACCACUUAAGUUCAGCCUCUCAAUAUGCUGUAGGUUAUAGCCCCGUUUGCUUAGAGUUGCAAACAUUUUAGAUGUGCAGAUGGUCUUCUACAUCUCUAAUUUUUGCUAUUUCAAUUUUUUUAGAUUCUUGAGAUUACGCUACUGAUUGCUAGCUAUAUUAACGAUUUCCAUCAGCAAAAGGGAGCUGCUCACCAUCUUUCUGCUCCAGCGACAAUGUCUCCACAGGCAGAAAGGCAGAAAACUAAAGACAUAGGGUGUCAUCCAUUUAUGUUGAAGAACAGACCAACCAAAGGACCUACUUUGUUAUGAAAAGAUCAUGUGCCUGUGAAAAUGCAUACUGGCUGAAUGUUUAUGUAUUUUGGGUACUACAUUGGAAAAGGAAAGUCUGGUUGAAGUUGGAUGAAAUACUAGCGGUGCUUACCAUGAGCCAAUUCUGCUCCCAUGUGUGACCUCCUUUUUCUCAAUUACUCCAGAGGCAACCAAAGUAUUAGGAAAACCAGACAUAUGGACACAUGCAUGUUCUUUAUAAUCAUCUGCCUGGAUACGCAGAAGAAACACUGUGAACCUGGUUCAUAAUUAGUAGUUAGAAGUGCAGUGCUUUGAAUACCAAUAGUUUCAUACACGCCCUGCCCUUUCUCCACUUCUUUGUGGUCCUUUUCGGUUUUCCUAACUUGUUCCUGGAAUGAAAACAUCUAAAGCAAACUUCUAAUUAAGCUGUGUGUCAAUUUUGGAAGGAUAAUGUAUCAGAUGACAACAGCUACUGUUUGGGGCUAAUAUUGUUCCAAUCAAAGCAUUCUGAAAAAACAUUCCAUAGGCAUUAGAUUUGUGAAAGGUAUUUCUUUUUUUAAUGACAUUUGCUCUUAAAACUGCAAUUGCAGGAGUUCUGCUAACAAAAAUCAGUUUCAAGGAGGAGAGUGGUAGCAUGUUGAACCUGAAUGAUGUGCUUUGGGGCCAGAAUGUACCAAGAGAACAAAGGAUAAUUCAGACUGCCUAGUGUGAGGGCAAUUCUUUGACUUUUUUUAAAAAAAAAUUAACUUUCAUCUCUGUUAUAUGUAAGGAACAGUAGAUUUCACACUCCAGCUGAUAGUCAUUGAAUGAUAAGUAAUCAAAUGCUGACGUAUGUAGUAAUGUACUUUUACAUGUGAAUUGGGUCUAAGUGACACUGCUCAACUUGAAAAUUUGCUUAGUGUUUAAAAAGCCUGAUAUCUAGUCUCUAUUUUCAGGUAGAUCUCCCUUCUUUACCUUUUCCAUCAGCUCUCCUUAUCUUGUACAGUCGUACCUUGGAAGUCAAAACGGAAUCCAUUCUGAAAGUCCGUUUGACUUCCUAAACGUUCAGAAACCAGAGUGCGGCUUCUGAUUGGCUACAGGAGCUUCAUUCGGAAGCCACGGAAGCCCCAUCAGUCAUUUGGGUUCCAAAGAACAUUCACAAACCGGAAUACUCACUUCUGGGUUUGAAGCGUUUGGGAGCCAAAACGUCCGAGUAACAAGGCGUUCUGGAUCCAAGGUACAACUGUACUGUAAACCUAGUCUCUUAAAUUGGAAGUUUAAAUUGGAAUCAAAGCAACCUUUGAUUUAUUUAUGUACAAUACUUGUAGUCACUGUAGAAUAUGAGUUGUGUUUGAGCUGAUGCAGAGUAUUAGCGUUAUUGUACACAUGCAGAUUAUCAUUUGAUGCUGCACUCAAGUGAUGGGUAUAUGUGCGUGAACUCAACCUUCCUUUUAUUUAGCUGUGUAUGAGCAAUACUGUUGUUUAAACAAAAGACACAUCUGUCUGGUCAGUUUGUAGUAUUUGGCAAAGAAAAGAAAAGUGUAAUCAUUGGUGCUUUAAAUCACUGAUUUAUAUGGUCAGAGUAAUCUACAGAUCUAUCAUUCAGGUAGUAUUUAUAAUUUCCUUUGAUAACUAGAAUUAGUGACAAAGUCCCCCCCUUUGUGAAUAUGAACUUUUUAUUAAAUGUUUAUAUGAAGUCUCUGCCUUUAAAUGAGCUGAAGGACAUCUUUUUAAAGGGUCGUGGAUGAGGUAUUUUCUUCUUAAAAGAAUGUUUUACACAUCCUUUACAAUAUGGACAGGAUCAGGCAAUGUAAUAGGUACUAACAACAACAACGAAACAACAACAACGAAACAACAACAACAACAACAACGACAACGAAGCUUCAACCAACUAAAAAAGGGCCAGGCCUAACUAAUGUACCUCUGUGGGUAGUCUACAACUCCCCUGUAAUUGCAGAUCCAGCCUGCCAUCUAAUACACACAACUUGAGAAUAGUUAUGCAUAAGUUUGUACCGUUAACCUCCCUGUUCACUUUCUCACUUGUUCGUUAUAAGCAAUUUAAGCUAAAGGAGGGGGGGGCAGAGAUGGCACUCAUAUUUCUUAGCCCCACCCCCAUUAAAAAAUAUCCAGUUACUAUAUUUGUACAAAACAAUAAAUAAUUUUACAGCUAACCGUUCUAUAUUUUUAUGGAAGGGUUGAGGUUAAAAUAGGUAUGCCUCCGCAUCUGCAGGCUCUUCAAUCUCCGAAAUAAACUGAAAGUUUUAUUUAGUAACUGCAAACUACGAGGUGCUAGUUAAGUUGCUAAAAGUGGUAGAAAGGUUAGAGCAUUUUCAGAUGUAGCCGGCCACCACUGGCAGACCCGUGUGUCAUUUUUUAAAUCUGGAAAAUGAAAAUGACACGUCAGAAACCAUGUUAUAUUUAAUUUUAAAAUAUCUAUGUAUAUUCACAGUUUUUAUCAUACAUAUAAAAUUCUACAUUAGUCAUCAUGUUUGUUGCUUCUCUCAGUGUAUGUUAGUAGCAACCCCCUUAUGGUUCAGUUUUAAAUUAUUGGAGGAAAUUGUUGUAUCAUACAUGACCUCAGUCACUCUGAUCCAGCGAAGGAGAUCUGCACACAUAAGCUGGCUUCUGUGUGCAUACCAUGUGCUGGAUAUCAGCAGCGUCAACUGGAUGCACAUUGGCGUGAUCAAUCUGCUUGUGCCCGUCUACUGCAUUGAUUUCAGUAGGAUACACAUGCAUCUCUGUCUACAUUCUUGUACAGCUAGUCUCACAUACAUUUUUUCUCGUGUAGCUAGAGCUAGAUUGAGAGAUCUUUAUCAGUGAUGGGUACAGGAGAACCAUUUAUGUAGAGAAGUUUAAAUUGUAUAGGUUCCAAUUUAUGUGAUGCACAAAUAAUGAAUUGCUGAAAAAUAACUGCGGUUUGUUGAAUUACGUGUAGUAAAGAAAUAUUGGAACAGAACAGGUACUGAAAGCGAAAAAUAACUAUAAAACAUUAAUUUAUGUGUAAGAGUAUUUGUAUUUAUUUUGUGGAUAUUUAGCUUUUAUUGCAUAAGGUAUUUUUUAUAUGAAUGUAAACCACCUAACAAAUAAAGGCAUUGUCAAGGAAAUCUGUUAGU